AUGAAAUCUGCCGAGGAGGGUAAGUCUGACCUCUCCAUUACGCGUCUGAUGUGCCAUUUAUUCAACUUACCAUCACAGUUUUACGCAUAUGUGACCAAAACCUACAUUUGUUUGGAUAAAUGGACUUUUAGAAGCACUUUAACCCUGGGUCAGUGUUUAUAAUCACUCCUGUCUGUUUUAGUCAGUGACAGUUUGAAAGCAGUGGUGCGCGCCCCUCCCUGCUGAUUUGGGCAAAGUGGGCGUGGUUCCCGAGAGCCUCUCAUGACUAAAAAGUGCUCCCAAAAUAGUCCCGGGUAGAACCUGUGCUAAUGACUGACAUGGCAUUGUGGGUAACUUUGUGGCGAGCCCCCCCAGGCUACCUGUGAGUGAUGUGAGUGAAUUCACAACAAGUCUAAUUAAAGAAAACGAGUCAGUGCUGCUGUGUCACACGCCGCAAACAGCAUUAAACGUAAGCAUCAUUUUCUUUUAUUACAAGGAGUCAUAUGGCGAAGCACUGAUGUCAUCGUCUUUAUGGCGGGGCCCCUAAUUCUGGUUAAUUUACAGCAGACAGGAGCUGCAGGCUGUUUGGCUGCAUCUGUCUGCAGCGGCGGCGGUCGCCUCAUGCCCGUAUCAAUGCGCUCCGCUGUGGUCACACCACAACUCCUGUUCCCAUGUCGCCCCCUCCUCUGCUCCUGGUUGUGACCUCAGACGGGCAGAGUUUCACAUGACCCAGCAGGAGCGUUUGGCACACGCAGGACCAUUCGCUCGGGUACAGCCUGCACCUUAACAGCAUGCAAAUCGUGUCCCUCAUGAGCCUAUUUUUCAAUGUUCAGCUGGAACAUGAAACUCUCCAACAAAAGCAUCAGUGUGUGUUUUCCUAAGGUUACAGUUUAUGAGCUGCAGCACGUGCAUUAAGUGGCAUAAAUCUGGCGAUGUGGAGAGGAAAAUAAAACCACCUGGGCUCGCCUUCCUUCGGUUAUUUUAGGACUGGGGUUAUUUUUGGCUGCUGUGUUGUUUCACUUUAUUUAAUUUCACUCAUCCAGAGAUGUUUUCAAUCAGGCUCUUCUGGUGGAAUUUGGGCAUCCUCGUUAUAAGAGGUGUUAACUUGAAUCCCUAAACACGAGGAGGAAGCCAAUAAAGCUGCAGCUAACAUAACACUGGCAUUGAUUAAUCUGCAGGAUUAAAGGGAUAUUCCGGCGUAAAAUUAAUUAAGGGUCAAACACACCGUAACACCGAGUUAGACACCCCAUCGAGAGAUGAAUGUUGCUUCUCUAGUUAUACCAACUUUAGUAACUCAGAACAGCACCUAACUUCAUCAACAGGACAUAUAGGGUCCCAGCCAUAGUACUAGACACCAAACAACUUUUUAACUUUGACUCAUUUCUUUAGCAAAGAGACUAAACACAACUCACCUACUCUCUUCCAGCAGCCGCUUGUUUGUAGCGAGACCUCAGACUGGUCCAUUACGGACUACAGCGGGGUGACGCAGCUCAAGGAAGAACAUUUAUGAUCAUUUCUUUAUCAUUUCCUUGAAGUUAUAAUCACCAUAUUAAUCAUUUUUCACUGUAGACGCGGUAGGUCUUUUGCCUUAGUGUCUCGGUCUGAUUGUAUUUCCAUGAAGAAUCGAUCAUAAAUGUUCUUCCUUGAGCUGCGGAGCCCCGCUGUAGUCAUAAGUAUCAGGACAUUUGCAAGAAAUGCAUCUUUUCCGCAGAAAGAACCAGACGGACUUGUAGGGAAUCGCUGUUUUUGAGGAGAGAGAAAUGGCUGGAAAUGUCUGUGCAGAGGGUUAAUCCCUCAAUGCAGCCGUUUAGAGCAAUAAUUUCAUAUGUCUAUAGUUUAUCGUAUGAAUCUAUACGCCAUAAGGUGUUGGUGCCUCUGCAGGUGGAGGUUGCUGCCGGUGUUGUGCCGGCGUCAGAGACAGACGCGGUGCUCGUCGGAGCUCGACUCCCUCUGAAUCUUAAAUGUUGAUCAUCAGUUGGAUUAUUUCUUGAGAAAUCAAAAAACUGAAUGACCUACAGAUAACUCUGAAGUCGACCAGUUCAGACAUUUCCUCCUCCACAAAAGCAGCUUUAGGACUUAAUUUACUUUACGACUUUGUUCUUGUAAGUUAUGAUUUUAUUACGACUUUAUUUUCACAAGUAAUUACAAAGUCUUAGUUUUUUCUUUUCUUAAUGUGGCCCUGAUCCUCCGUCGUAAGAAACCUUCAAAGUAUAAAAUCCAAACCAAAAACUGAGGACUUUAGGAGGGACUGUUUCUGCCUUUAUAGGUAACAGCUCUCUGAAGACACAUCUUGGCACACGAGUGUCUCGAGGAGCCAGUGAAUGUGUGUUUGAUUAUCACGCUAACAAACCCGCUCUGUUUGCGUUCCAGAUGCAUAUGGCUACACGCCAAAUGUGAGUCUCUCCCUCCCACUGGGCAGCCCUUGUCUUCCCUCCCAGUACCACAGCCUCCAGACCAGCCCGAUCAUAUCCGUCUCCGUGUCCGAGCCUCACAGUUACGACGCCCAGGAUGACAUGAGAGCAGCCGGCUACUUCUCGGCCUCAACCGUCAGACCAAACGGCGCCCCGACCCUGGAGAGCCCUCGGAUCGAGAUCACAGCCUACGGUCAGUUUCCCGAGGAUGAGGUGGAGGAGAGCAGCCUUCCCAUUGCCAAGCGGGUCAACUCCAUAGUGACGCUGACCCUCCCCAGUGCUGAUGGUUACCGUGACCCCAGCUGCCUCAGUCCGGCCAGCAGCAUCUCAUCCCGCAGCUGCCACUCAGACGCCUCCUCCUACGAAUCCAGCUUCUCCUACAACUACGACAACUCCCCCCAGAACUCCCCCUGGCAGUCUCCAUCCGUGUCCCCAAAGGGCUCCACCCUCACUCUGCCAGGUGACGGCUGCACCUCCGCCGGAUCCCCUCGCCACUCGCCUUCAACGUCCCCUCGGACAAGCGUGACAGACGACACCUGGUUGGGUCAGCGCGGAUCGAGGCCAAACUCCCCUUGUGGUGCAAAGAGGAAGUACAGCUACAACGGCAGCGGAGGGUUGCAAAAGCACUACCCGUACUCGCCAAACCACUCGCCGGGGCUGUCCCCGCAGACUUCCCCACGCCUCAGCGUCACAGAGGAGACAUGGCUGCCAAACACCAACCAGUACACCAACUCGGCCAUACUGGCAGCGAUCAAUGCCUUGACCACGGACGGAGUGGUUGAUCUCGGGGAGGGAAUUCCCAUUAAGGCGCGGAAAACCAGCCAGGACAACAUCCCAACGGUCAAUCUGAAGGUCGAGCCUGGAGGGGAGGAGCUGAGUCCAGGGGAGCUGUGUCUGGACGACCACACGUCAAACCGUCUGCCGUUAAAGAAGGAGGGAUACUGUUCCGGGUUUCUGGAUGUACCACAGCACCCGUACUCCUGGUCCAAGCCGAAGCAAUACGUCAGGUAAGUGAAGAUCUUCUGCCUCUCAAUACUGUCCUCAAACUGCAUAGACUUCCUGAAAACAUUCACAGACGAGAAACAGGCCUGAAGUUCAGAGGAGUUUUAUCUCAGGGUUUGGCACAUUCUUGUGUAAAUUCAGCACAUUCUGCGUCGAUAAGAACGUCUGAAAUUAGUCCUCCUCUCUCUCCUUGUUAAGUUGAAAUGUUGGACAUGUGUUUUUUUUUUUAACCCCCUAACAGCCCAUCCCUGCCGGCUCUCGACUGGCAGCUGCCGUCCAGCUCAGGGCCGUACAGCCUGCAGAUCGAGGUGCAGCCCAAGUCCCACCACCGAGCUCACUACGAGACUGAGGGCAGCAGGGGGGCUGUGAAGGCGCUGGCAGGAGGACACCCGGUCGUUCAGGUCAGUUUAACCGACAACUUUCAUCCGAGUCAUUUUCACAAAACAAAUCGUUUAAAAUAUGAACCCAUGUUUCCUUUUUCCUCUUUUCUGGUACUGAUACAGACAUUGAUACAAACCCUGAUACCGAUAUAUGAUAUAUUAAACCAAUAGAAAUACAGGCAGAGAUCCGAGUACAGACAUUUUUACAGAUACUGAUAGUUAUACUGAUAAUAACUUAUGAUACAUGAUAUCAACACAGAGAGUGAUACUUUUACUCAUAGUUAUACUGAUACUGAUACUUAUAUUUAAAUAAAUACUUAUAUAGAUAGUAAUAGUAAAAGUGGUGAAAGUCAGUAUUCGCUGUUUUCUCUCGUUGUUUCAAAACCCCACAGGAGUCCAUUUGUCCACAGAGCUGUCAAUCAUUUUCUUUAAACAGGAAGUAACUUAAUUAAAACUUAAAUUCCCUGAAAUUUAGCACUUGGACAUAAAUUAGCUUAAAUUAUCUUUUUCUUUACUUUAAAUUUCUAUUUUGACUAGAGCGAUCAUAUUCUGACUUCCCAAAAUGAGGACACAACGAUGCGGGGCGGAGUCACAGAGUCGGACGAAGUUAAUUUAGAGAGUUUUUCUAGCCGGCGAGUGUCUUUUGUGCGCUUUUAACUCAGUAAGUCCACGUGACACAAAAUUGAAACUUAGGUACAGAACCGUAAAAGGCCACGUAAAAGAGGAAGUAUGGUCAUCCUACGUUUGACCCAGGUUCGAUCUGUUAGCAUAAUGGAGGUGGGGUUUAUGACCUAUUCUGCAACCAGCCAGUAGGGGGAGCUCUAAACCUUUUCGCUUCACAGUCAGUAAACACUUAUCCAUGAUCAGUCUACAGUUUCUGAUACUGAUACUGAUCAUGUUAGCACAACUAUUACCAUUACUUCAAGUGCAAAUCUCAAAUAUGGAGUCCAAGUGUGGGACCUCUUAAUUUAUCAUUUUACAAUUAUUUAAAGCUGAAAAGAGCGUAAAUAUUCUCGACUUUAUGAGUUUAUUAGAGCAAAUAUGAUUUAAUGUAUAAAAGAUGUUUUUUUAAACAUGAUUCAGUAUUUUUGAGACUUUUUAUUGCGAGUUCAGUCUAAUUGUGGUCGGAGGAAACAAAGGUGUUUGAGGUGAUGAUGCUUUAUUUAGUGGAUGCGUUGGUAACCCUGUCUUUUACGGUACACUUAUUACCAGGUAAUUAACAGGUAAUUACUUAGUAACAACAUGAAAUUAUCUGGUAAUUACAUGAUAACUACUAAGUCAAUACUGUCUAGCUACCAGGUAGGUAACCUUCCAUCAUCAAACAAAUUUGAAGCUGAAUUUCUCUGGUAUUUCUAGGAUUUUCUCUGCUUCCUGGAACCACCACUUGCGCAGUAGCAUUGUACACAUUUGACGGGUGAGUCGCUGUGAUAAUGCUCCGCUCAAACAGCGAAAAACUAGACAGUAUUGACUUGGUAGUUAUCAUGUAAUUACCGGAUGUUGUUACAAGGUAAUUACCUGGUAAUUACCUGUUAAUUACCUGGUAAUAAGUGUACUGUAAAAGAAAGGGUUACUGAUGUGUUUGACAUCACUGGUAUUCACAUCGUAACACCUGCAGGAGGUAAAUCUGCGUAUUUCUCACAUUAAUAAUCCUGCAGCUUCAUCUUCAUCAGCUUCAUCAGCUUCAGUUCAGGGUCCAGAACCUUCUGCGGAGACCUGAGCCCGUCUGCUCGGUUUCCUGUGAUGAUUAAACCAACAUACGGUACAACCAUUAGACUCAUUCUCACUCCCGUGUCUUACCUCGUCACUUCUCACCUCCGCGUCCCCCGCCUCAUAUUUUACCUCAUGUGUUAAAACCCAUCGCUGCAGCGUGCGCUCUGGUGGUCCGGCUGUUCUCUUAUUCAGAGAUGUCAUAUUUCUGAAUGGGAUACCAUAGAUAUGCCAUUAGACAGAGCGGUCCACUCAGUCAGUUCCUGUCCGGACUCUGGUGACUCAGACUUUUCCAUUACGUUCUCCAGUGCAACGCAGACACUUACAAAGUGAUGUAGCAUGGCCAGUAAAAGCUUAGUCAUGAGCUUUAACCACGGCUCUGGUGGUCGAGUUAAAUGAAAAAAAACUGCGGAUAUGUUUUGGUUAGAAACCCAUCUGGUCCCCCGACCAUUACUCCACUCUGCUGACCUCAGUCUCUGGAUAAAUAAAGGGUCUGCAGAGAGGAGCGAGCCUCACUUUAAUUAAUAACAUUUGAUGAUUAAUUCUGUUUGAGUUUACCGAACAUUCAUCAGACGAGCUUCAGAGUUUUUAUGUUUGUUUUUGAGUUUUGAGAAAUAAAAGAAAGAGACAAAAGAUUACAUGAGGAAAGAGGAAACGAUGGAGAUGAAGAUAAAAGACAGUAAAAAGAGUAAAACCUGAUGAAAUAAUGUUAAAUGAACAGAUAAGUAAGAGCUCUUUGUAAAUGGAGUAAAAGAAGUAAAAACCUCUAUGAUGGGGAUGAAGAAAAAGACUAAGAACAGAGAUAAUUAAUAAAAUGACAUAAAAGAAACAUUAAGAACAUUGAUGAAAAGAAGGACGAGUCUCAGUCUUGAGCCUCGUCUUCGCCUUGAGUUAAGAAACCUUCUUAGGCGUCUCUUCCGUAGCCUUAAGCGGACAAACCAAACCAAACCACGAGAAAGCUUGUUGUUGUUUUUGGUUGCUUCUUCUUCUUCUUCCCGUCUGAAACUGUUUGAUGAUAUUUGCAGGAUAUUGUCAGAUUUGUAUGAUAAAGUUUGAUCUCUCCUCUCUGCAGUGACUCUCGGGAUGCUCAAAGGUCAAGUUUCUUGGUCAGUGUUGAAACGAGGAAACAGAAAAACUAUAUUUGUCUUCGAACUGAACAUGUUUGACGAACUCGGUCCGUUCGUUCGUUAGUGUGAGGCUCGUUUGUCCGUAAGAAGGUGCUAAUGAUUUAAUGACAGGGGUCUCGGUUCACCGAGAUGAAAAAGAGAGUGUGUGUUCUCUCUAAACCCAAACCCAAAACCUCCCCCCUUCCUUCUCCGCCAGCUACCACCCCAACCACACAGACUUCCCUUUGUUUAGGAAAGUUCCCGUGUGUGCCGCUGACAUCAUCGCCCGCUGCUUCUUGCGGAGGCGGCAGGGACCAAACCACACACGUUUCUGGCAGGCCCUGAUGAAGACGUUUAGGGGGGGAGCCUCCGAUUUCUUGACUUUCUGAUUACAUGUUACACACACACACACGGCGUUGCAGCGUCUCCUCCGGGGGAACGUCCCGUCACUCCUCUGACUCAAACCUUACCAGACUUUACAGAGUUUAUUCUGGACGGAGCCGAUCAGUGCGGUGCAGGCUCCCUCCACGUCCUGCACAGCUAAGCCAGCUAUUUUCUGUUCUUUUUUCAACGCCAUCUCAACCACACCCGUCCUGCAGCCAGCAGCAGACUCAAGUAUGCCCCUCUGAAGUGCUGUGUGCAGCACCGCUCACCACAGUUAGUGCUCAGGAUUUCAGGCUGUACUUUGGUGGAGAGGAAAUACCCUCUAUUCAUGUCUGUGAGGUCCUCUUUUUUCUCCGCCUGAAGCCGGCGUCUUUCAUGAUCUGUUUACUGCUAGAAAAACACGCGCCGGGAGCUGCUUCAAAGCACGUUUUUGUGCAUUCUUGUUCCUCGUCAUGCGCCUUUUCUCAGCCUCGUUCCUUGUGAUUUCAUUUAGAUUUCCAAACAAUAUAAAACGGACAAAUAUCAUGUGAAUCAGGCGGGCUGUGAGCGGUAAAUCUCAAAACUUCGACACAGGAGUCCACGUGUUGUGAGAUAAAAACUCAGAAGGAGCCCGGACGGCCUUCACCCCGUCUCCUCCUGAGUCUCGGCAUUCCUCCUGUGGGUGAUGAUAUGAAGCAGGGAGGGGCCGAGUGCCAGGGUGGAGGAGCGUCCCGCAGUGGUAUCUCUGCGAUUUAAUUACACCAACAAAUCAAACAUGCGACAGCCCGCUGGGGAGAAAAAAACCAUUUAUUUCUGAACAUCUGAAACCGCUCAGAUGACAUUAUCAAGUUUGAUUAUUUCUAUUUGCUGAUAAUCACUCAUCUGUUUGUAAUCACCGCUCUGAAAGUUAUCGACUAACCUCGCGAGCGGGCUACCUCACUUCAUCACACUCCUGCCUGCUGCCUAAAUAAACAGGAUUGCUAGGCAGCAAAGCGUUUCCUUACACAAAUAUACAGGCUUUCUGGAGGCUCUUAACCCCGACAGGGAUCCUCCUCCUCCUCCAAAUCACAUGUUGUGCCUCCUCGCUCUGAGCCUUUCACUCUCACUGUGGGGUGGGCAUUCCUCCUCUCCUCUCCUCUCCUCUCAUCUCCUCUCCUCUCCUCUUCUCUCCUCUCCUCUCCUCGUGUCCUCUCCUCUCCUCUCCUCUCCUCGUCUCCUCUCCUUUCUCCCCUUCUCCUCUCCUCUCCUCCUCUCCUCUCCUCUCCUCUCCUCUCCUCUUCUCUCCUCUCCUUGUGUCCUCUCCUCUCCUCUCCUCUCCUCUCCUCUUCUCUCCUCUCCUCAUGUCCUCUCCUCUCCUCUCCUCUCCUCGUGUCCUCUCCUCUCCUCUCGUCUCCUCUCCUCUCCUCUCCUCUCCUCGUGUCCUCUCCUCUCCUCUUCUCUCCUCGUGUCCUCUCCUCUCCUCUCCUCAUGUCCUCUCAUCUCCUCUCCUCUCCUCCUGUCCUCUCCUCUCCUCUCCUCUCCUCUCCUCGUGUCCUCUCCUCUCCUCUCCUCUCCUCUCAUCUCCUCUCCUCGUGUCCUCUCCUCUCCUCUCCUCUCCUCUCCUCGUCUCCUCUCCUCUCCUCUCCUCGUGUCCCCUCCUCUCCUCUCCUCUCCUCUCCUCGUGUCCUCUCCUCUCUUCUCCUCUCCUCUCCUCGCUUCUCCUCUCCUCUCCUCUCCUCGUGUCCUCUCUUCUCCUCUCCUCUCCUCUCCUCUCCUCUCCUCUCCUCUCCUCGUGUCCUCUCCUCUCCUCUCCUCAUGUCCUCUCCUCUCCUCUCUUCUCCUCUCCUCCUCUCCUCUCCUCUUCUCUCCUCUCCUCUUCUCUCCUCUCCUGUCCUCUCCUUGUGUCCUCUCCUCUCCUCUCUUCUCCUCUCCUCCUCUCCUCUCCUCUCCUCUCUUCUCCUCUCCUCUCCUCGUGUCCUCUCCUCGUGUCCUCUCCUCUCCUCUCCUCUCCUCUCCUCGUGUCCUCUCCUCUCCUCUCCUCUCCUCGUGUCCUCUCCUCUCCUCUCCUCUCCUCUCCUCUUCUCUCCUCUCCUCUCCUGUCCUCUCCUCUCCUCUCCUCUCCUCGUGUGCACUCCUCUCCUCUCCUCUCCUCGUGUCCUCUCCUCUCCUCUCCUCUUCUCUCCUCUCCUCUCUUCUCCUCUCCUCUCCUCGUGUCCUCUCCUCUCCUCUCCUCUCCUCUCUUCUCCUCUCCUCUCCUCUCCUCUCCUCUCUUCUCCUCUCCUCUCCUCUCCUCUCCUCUCCUCUCCUCUCCUCUCCUCUCCUCUCCUCUCCUCGUGUCCUCUCCUCUCCUCUCCUCUCCUCGUGUGCACUCCGCCGCAGUAUGUAAGUGAAAACUCUGGUUUUCAUGUCAGCAUUUCACCGCUGAUUGUUUCAGCAGAUAGUCUCGUCCACAGCAGGGUGUAAUUAUGUGGGGCUCAGCAUCUGGCUCUCUAACACUUAACUGUAAACAUAUCAUCCAUUUUUCUGGGCGAUUCGUGCCACUCAUGACUCCUCAGGUCCAAUUAUUUCAGUUUUAUCUGACGGGUAAAUAGAGCUUCUUUUGUGUCCUGGAAGAGUUUGAACAUUAUCCUCGUAGAUUACUCUCUAAUUUUACCAAACUCUGAUUGGACAAUUAAGGAAGUUCCUCUUAUUCCAACCUGAUGAUCGGCGGUACGAGAGUGCAGCUGAAGUGCCCAGUUUUAAUGAAAGGAUGGAACCUUUUUUCGCCAAACAAAACCGAUUCAAGUCGUGAUGCUUCAGCUGGAAAAAAGACGGCGUUUGGGGAAAUGGAAAACUUAAAAUUCGAGUCUGAAAUCUCAGAUUUGCGAGGCGCUUAAAGGUUAAAACAACAUUUUCUUUUCUUUCUCUCUUUUUGUUCCAGUUCAGAAGUUUGAAGAUGAGAAGAGUUGACCUCCUCUCCGUCUCGUGUCGUUUCUAACCCUCCGUUUUGUCGAUAACGUGUGUAACUCUCCGCGGUGUGCCGGUAUGAGCUGCUGCUCUCAGGUUUCAGCCGCUGAUUUGGGCCCCACGUCUGCACGCUCCUGUGUUGGCGGUUGAGGUCAUCCUGGCAGGAGGCGUCCUGUCAGGAACACCUAUGGAGGUCUGGGAGUACUUUCAGAUCUUUGGGUAUGGUCCACCAGCUUUAGUGAGGCUUACGUUUGUCUUGUCCUCCGCUCACCGGGAUCGUUUUACUGAUAAAAAUCAGAGCAGGAUCACCGCUGAGAGCUUUUCUCGACCCUGAUUGGUUGCGGAUUUGUGGGACUGACGUGACCCCGACUCUGAAACACAAGCUUAGUCUUGUCACUGGGUGAGCGCUGGCUCACAAAUCACAACAGAGCUCGCUGUAGGUGGUUUUACUGCUCUGCUCUGGCAGCAGCUCCCCCUGAGGUUCAGCUACUGUGGGAUCAACAUGUUGGCGAGCUCGCCGUGAACCGAUGGAGGAAGUAAAAACAGGCCAUCAGUCGUAAAUCUGAGGAGAUGAAGAGGGCGAUUACAGGAGCCUAAAUGGGGACUUUGUUUAAAAACCAUCAUGAUCCGAUCCUGACCUCUCUGAGACCAGCUCCUCUGGUUUUUAUAAGUUAAGAUAUCAGGACUGAACCACAGCUUUGUCUCCACUUCUUCUCUUCCAGCUCCACGGCUACAUGGAGAACGAACCGCUGACCCUGCAGCUGUUUAUCGGCACGGCGGACGACAGACUGCUGAGGCCCCACGCCUUCUACCAAGUCCACCGAAUCACCGGGAAAACCGUGUCCACCCCGAGCCACGAGGCUCUGCACAACAACACCAAAGUCCUGGAGAUCCCUCUGCUGCCUGAGAACAACAUGAGAGCCAUGUGAGUACAGAUGUUAGCGUCGGAGGGAUUCAGCUUUUCUGCAGAUCAAUAAAACAAGCUAAAGAGGGUCGAAAUGAGCUCUUUUAACUAGGACUGUCCCGAGACAAUAUUGAUAUCAGAUAUCGGUCUGAUAUCGGCCAAAAAACAAAUAUCGGAUUAUGUCGGCCUGCAUCUAAAAUCUCCGAUAUCAGCACUCCGAUACAAGCAGUCCAUUCCAGACUCCGCUCUGGCACCUCUAGCUAGCAGCGCCCUAAUCCAGUAUCACGUAACAAUGACAACAGUGUGUACAAAGGUACGAGUAGGAGUGAUGUCGGCUGUGUGGCAGUAUUUUUUAUUAGAGUCUGAAAAAGACGUUACUGCUGAGUGAAAAACUUGUCAUGCACAAGUUUGUGCCAAUAUCGGAUCAAUAUCGGUAUCAUAUUGGAAGUAAAAAAGUUUCAUCGGGACACCUCUACUUUUAGCAUCCGGGGUUUGGAGUAAAUCCACAUCAGCCCUUAAGAAAUCUAAGACUUGAUUUGGAUGUAAAACCUCAUUUUGAAGGUUUCCUGAAGCUCAACGAUGUCAUCUUUAUUAUCGUAUCGUAUGACUUGAUAAAAACUUCAACAUUUCAGCCAAUCCGAAUCUUCAGGAGAGCCCGAGUCCUUUUAAUCAGAUCUUCCUAUUAACAAGUCGACCACUCAAAACAAGUCCAGGGGGGAUUCUGAGUCCGUUUUGAAGUGUUCGUUAGGAAAAGUCCAAGUCAAGGCUCAUCAAGCCAACAUCAGGUCGAGCUAAAUCAGCGUCCCAAGUCCAAGUCCAAGUCCAAGUCCAAGUCCCCAAAUCAUUUUAGACAGGUGAAAUUUAAACUGAUCAUAAAACUGGUCCAGACUGAAUUUUUGUUCAAUCAGGUCAAAGACCCAUGGGGUCUCCUUUUGAACAAGUCUUAACCAAGUCUUAACAGUUUAAGAACUCCUAGUCGAGUUUCUGGUCUUACAAACAAGUUCAGGUCAGGUUUUAAGUUCGAGUUAAGUCUAGAGUAAGUGAGCCAAGUCCUACUUUAGUUAAGAAAACUGUAAUUUGUUGUUUUCCCUUAUCAAGUCUUCACUUUGUGGAAUUGGACUUGGAUUUGACUCGAGAACCAACCCAUCGGAAAGAUUUAAGAAUGACCGAGUCUGGGGCUGGAGGAUAAACCAAAACUUUACUGAUACCAAGAUGUAAGAUCCCUCCCAGUGGUUGUUUUCCCCCUCUCCUGUAAGAUAAAUACCUGCUCCCCUCACUUGCUAUUUUAGAACUAAAGAAGCUCUUCGAGUCUUCGAGUCAUUUUGCCCAUAUCGGUAUAUUCAGUGUGAAAAAAAUUAAUAAAGACAGGUGAGGAGAUGGAGGACGGUUCAAAAGUUGUAGCGGCUGAAGUAGACGAAGUUAAUGUGGGAGGGGGUGAGCAGCUUGUAGAGUAGUUAUCGUCCGUUUAUCGUUAUCGAGGUGAACUGAUCAAUAUAUCGUGAUAUUGAUUUGAGGAUAUAUCGCCCAGCCCUAACCGAGUCCCAGACUUGCAGUAAACACUGAAUUAAGUUUGAUCUCGGCUGAGGAUCCUCUUCAUCCUGUUUUAUACGAACAGUUCGUCUUGUGUUUUUUUUAGAGAAAGAGAGCCGUCGAUCUGGAAAUGUCGACUUCGGUCCGUCCGUCUGUUUUGGUUGUAAAAGCGUUGCCCUCUCUCCCCUUUUAUAAGCCUCAGAGAUCAGAUUACGGGGAGAGCUGUGGGCCGCUAACAGGGAUCAGGGGUUUGUGUCUGAGCUGCAGGCGGUAGCAGCUUGCUAACAUCAGCACUUUCUCUGCACUUUAAUGGAUGUAACACAUAUAGGCUGCACUUAUACAACAACCUCACUUCAGGAUACGGUUUCUUCUUCUUCUUCUCUCUCAGGCCUCUGAGUUCUUACAGCGCCGGCUCGGGAUUUAUGUGAGCUUUAUUCAUUUUGACAUGUGCCCUGGAGUGACAUAUAGAAGUUUUAUGAGGUGGUAUCGACUACAAGCAUUCUUGUAUUUCUAAUAUUGGAAGAGUUUAGGGCGACAUGCUUCAGAUUAAACCGUCAAUCAACAUCAGUCCAGAAUUCGCCAACAAUUAAAACGACUAAUUUUUGGAGUGUGAAGCUCGAUAUUUUACAGCUGGGGUCGUCGGCAUCAACACCUGAUUGCCUCUCAGACCCCGGCGUCUGGAUGGAGGAAUGUUAGGGAGUGUUCAGAUGUGUUUAAAAGUCGACAUUUACUAGACUUGGAGGAAUGCGGCGUCGAGUAGCACGCAAAUGGGAAUGCCAGAAACGGUUUGGAGAGACUGAAGGUAUUUCAGUGUGCAGGAGCUGCGCAGACACAAAAGGACUGAAGGGGAGAGAAAAAAGGGCUUUUAUGAAGUGUCGGAUGAACCCUGUGACGCUCCGACGGCCAACUCUCGCCAAAAAGAUUGAUAGAAGGUCAACAUGGAGUCAGGGAUAAUCUCUAGUGGAGCAUUAUGGCGAUAUAAUGAGCAUUCCCGACUGUUUGAGAGAGACGGUUUGGUGAAGUGUCAAAGCUCAGCCGGGGUCGGAGGUGUUAAUAUUCUGUUGACACGGCUGCAGCCUCCGUCCCAGAGCGGACAUUACUUUUAAAACCCUCAUAAAUCACAGCCUGAUUAACUCUGAGAGCGUACAUCCUUUACCUAAACGAUGAUUUACCGUGUGUGCAGAGACGGACUCUGGCGGACUCUGACUCUUCUUCUUCUUGUGUCUCCACCAAACGUAGAAUCGACUGCGCGGGGAUCCUGAAGUUGCGUAAUUCUGACAUCGAGCUGAGGAAAGGGGAGACCGACAUCGGGCGCAAGAACACGCGCGUGAGGAUGGUCUUCAGAGUUCACAUCAACCAGGCCUCCGGGAGGACGGUGUCCCUGCAGGCCUCGUCCAACCCCAUCGAGUGCUGUGAGUACAUCUACACAGAGUCAAAAACCAGUUAGAUUUACUGGUUUGUAGAGAGAUUAUGAACAUUAUGAUAUUAACAGAUGGUCAAAAGAACAAAAAAGUCAUUUUUUAAGCAAGUUUACCCUCUUAAAGGUGAAGAUUUUCAGGUUUUCAUCCCUCAGUCUGGGUUUAAGAUAUCGUGUGAACACUUAAGCGCAGACUUCCACUACAGAGCUGUCUCCUUGAAGCAUAAAUAUGUAUCCAUGAAUUGUUUUACUCUUAGAUCUACUUAAUUCUAAUAUGAAAGUCCUCCUGUGUCCAUAAACUCGAUCAAACGUCUCUGAUCAAACACGUAUUUUUGCGGCUGGAUUGUGAACCUUGUGGCAGGUGUAGAGAUGUCUGGAAACCCUCGCUAGAUCGCCAAAAGGUUAACCUUUUGAACACUUUUCAUCCCAUAGAGAAACCACGGUAUAGUUCCCGAGAAACUGUGAACAAUAUGAAUGGUGUCAGGUGGGAUCGAUGGCGAUCCAGUGGAGUUCUAAGUCUUAACAGAUGGUCAAAAGAACAAAAACGUCAUUUUUUAAAGGAAGUUUUGCCUCUCAAAGGUUAAAAUUCUCUUAUUUUCAUCCCUCAGUCUGGGUUUAAGACGUCAUGUGGACACUUAAGCGUUGACUACCACUACAGAGCUGUCUCCUUGAAGCAUAAAUCUAUGAACGGUUUCACCCUCAGAUCUUCUUUAUCCUAAUAUGAAAGUCCUCCUACGUCGAUAAACUCGAUCGACUCCCCCGCUCUGCUCUGAAUUUGACCUUUAUCUGAACCAGGAUGAACUCUGGCAGAUCCAACCCCUCAGUGCGGCUCUGGCGCUCUGAGAUGAAGUCUUAUGAGGUAAAUGAGAGACAGUAGUUAAACCAUGAUCUCAGCCCCCUGAAAUAGAGCAUUGUUAGUUUCUGAGCGGCUGCCACAAAGCAAUUGUUUUUCGACCAAAAUUCACUUAGUGUGUGUGUGAGCGAGGCAAGAGCGGCAGACGGGGGAGAAACGACAGAGAGAUGUGGGAAAGAGUGACGCUUUCCAAGGCAGAAAAUGAGAGUUUUAUCCAAAUCAGAGGGAGAGAAAUUAACUUUUUGAGUUUUGGUGAAACUUUGAGAAAAAAAAAGGAAUGAGAAGGAAUUUCCAAAAGGUAAAAAAAGGAGACAAGUGAGGAGCCAGGAAAGGAAAGAUGCUCCUGAAAAGGAUAUUUGAGGGAAAAUCUUCACCACAAUUUGAGGAAAAACACAAACAAACACAUCAGAGAGGUUUCCAGCGUUUAUGAGAAGCUGUCGAGGUAGUGAUUCAGCCUGGAUGCUCAGGUCUGCAUGGGGAGUGGGUGUGUAUUAGCUGAACGAUGAGGCCGGUUUUUCUCUUUCUCUCUCCCGCCCACAGCUCAGAGAUCGGCCCAGGAGCUGCCGCUGGUGGAUAAGCAGAGUUUGGAGACGUGUCCCGCCUCCGGGGGGGAGAGGAUGCUCCUCGACGGACACAACUUCCAGCACGACUCCAAGGUGGUGUUUGUGGAGAAGGCUCAAGGUAAAAAUGUAAAAGAGGAGGUCUGGAUUAAGUGCUGUGUUGUCUCAGUCCAGCUGUGUGUGUGUGUGUGUGUCUGUGUGUGUGUGUCUCCCUCUCCGUUCGUUGGAGAAACCCCAGGUCUCCCUCCCUUCCUCCCUGACUCGUCUCCCCCCGCCGUCAAAAUAUCCUCCGUCCUGCCAGAGCGCCACAUGUGGAGCACAUUAAUGCUCUGUAUUUUUAACCCAGCAGAUUUACAUUUGCAGAAGUUUCCAUUGCCUGUUCAGCACAGGAAUGGAUCACAAAUGCAAGAUGUGUGUGUGUGCGUGGGUGGCUGCGCAUGUGGUUUGGAUACAUGCACUUUUUUGUGUGUGGAUGUGCCAUGUCUCAGUAUUUGUUUCUCUUUUUCUGACUUUAAGCCGCUUUGGUUUAGAGGGAGAGGUGACUGCUCCCAGAUGUUGAUACGGCGAGGUUUACAAACAGCAAUUUCCUUGAUUAGUUUCAGCGGAGCAACGUGAGCUGCACUCCGGUCCGAACCUGCGCAACGUAAACACGUGUGAUCCAGUCGGUGACUCAUCGAAAAAAAGAGAGGGAAGCCUUUUCAUUGUUCCACCUGUGAGAGGAAGAAUUCAAGGCUGCCCCGGUCACACAGGCAGAAUAAGACCCCGCUCCUUCUCCACCUCCUCCACCUCCUCCAGCACCGUACAAUGGAGCAGAGAUUGUUUAUAAAAACAAGAAGUGAUUGAAUGAGCGGAGGCCUUGUUCCCCUCGUCACAGCGUCUCUGAUCAGCCCUGAUUUCUUCCUGAGAGCGAGGAUGAUCAGACUCUGAGCUGUGUAACAAUAAAGAGGCCGGAUUUACCUAAAAAACCAAAUGACAAAAGCCUGUUUUUAUACACAAGAGGUGAAGAGUUAGCCGAGAUUUCCUAAAUAUAACUAUUUCCUAUUGACAAAAUAAAAAAAUAAAAAAACUAAAACAAAAUAAAAUAAAAUGAAAUAAAAUAAAUUACAAUAAAAUAAGAAAUAAGAUAAAAUAAAUUGAAUAAAAAUAAAAUUAAUGGAUUGAGAUAAAAUGGAAAAAAAUAAAAUGAAAAUGAAAUACAAUUAAUAAAAAAAAAAAAAAUUGAACUAAAAAGAAAAUCAAAUAAAUAAAUUAAUUAAAAAAAUAAAUUACAAUAAAAUAAGAAAUAAAAUUUAAUAAAAGAAUGAAAAUAAGAUUAAUUAAAUGAGAUAAAAUGGGAAAAAUGAAAUACAAUAAUAAAAAAUAAAAUAAAAAAUUAAAAUGAAAAAGAAAAUCAAAUUAAUAAAUUAAAAGAAAAUAAAAAUAAAGAAAAAAAUUAACAAAAUGAAAUCGAUACUAAAAUUAAAAUUAAAUUAAAUUAAAUUAAAUUAAUAAAAAAGAUACUUAAAUAAAAAAGAAGUAAAUAAGAAUAAAAUAAAAAUGGUAUUUAAUAGAUUAUUCAAUCAAAUAAAGAAUAAUAUAGAAUUAAAAAUUAAACGAUGGAGAAAUGUACUUUUUUUUUUCAUUUUCGAUACAUGCAUCCCAGCAUCAAAUUCUUCCUUUUUUUUCAAUCAUGAUCUGGAUGGAUUAAUAUUUAUGUAUAUUGAUAGAGUUUAUGAAGAAAAGGGGACACCUUUGGGCUGGUCUAGACCCCCUCUCCAUUAUACACAGCAAACACAGACCCAACAUCAAGACUAAGUCUCAUCUAGUCAGAUCAGAUCCACUCCCACGAGGCUCACGCGAUCAAGCAGGGCUGUGUCCAGGAUUUUUACGACUGGGGGCCCAACUUGGGCUCCGGCUUAUGCACAUAAACCCUGAUUCAUGGUUAAUAAUGAGAGACAGUGCUCACAGCCACUUUAUCACUAGAGAGACUCCUCAAAAAGGCAAAGAAAAGAGUAUUUAGUUUGUGAUAAUGAAGAUGAUAAGUAACUUAGCAGCUGUUUAACUCUUCUGGGGGACAUUAGAUUCCCUGUUUGCAUCAGAGAUCUGAAUCCGGCUCUCUUUCGGGCCUCGGGCAGCUCUGGACGGCUGCACAUGGGUGUGUGCUCCCUUGUUUUUGAUGAGGGUUUCCCUGCGUCUGGCACCAGCAUCAGAUUCCUGGGUAGUCCUAGCAUGGAAACACCCUGAAGCCAGGCUUCCACAACUCUGCCCUCCCUCCAUCCUUCCACCUCUCCAUCCGAGCUGCUUCUGCGCCACCAGCUCUCUGCUCAUUAACUCUGCAAACUGCCGACUCCUGAAGCAGCUCUCUGUAUAAACAGAUAGGUAAAGAGAGACAGCAGACAAGGCGAAACAUCGUUCAUGUCAGGGGUGAAGAGUACGCACAAAAGCUCGUUUGCAUAUUUAAACACACGCUGCUCAUCUUUGCUGUCACUUCUUAACUAGCAGAGUUUGGAAACUUGAUCCUCUCAUUUACUCGUGCCAGCUCGGAGCCCUGAGAAACACUUUUAAUGAUCCGGCACAUAAAUCCAGAGCAGUGGAUUCAGUUACCAUAAAGAUCUGAAGCUUUAAAAUCUCACUGAUGCUCAAUUUUCCUGCAAAUUUUCCAAUAAAGCUCUCAGAAAAUAACAUUCAUAAAGCUGCGGUAAGAGAACAUGUGGGCACCGGCGUGAUGUGUGCUCGCAUGUAUCCUGUACUUACAAGUGUGUGUGUGUGUGUGUGUGUGUGUGUGUGUGUGUGUGUGUGUGCUGGUCAGAGUUUCCCCUGUCAUUACAAGCUGGAUGGGUCAUUCUGCCUGAAGACUCGGCCAACAAACUAGAAACUUCAUUUGUUUCUGUUUCUGCCUCUGGGUGAAAUGAUGUUUCCACUCCAGGACACACUGAUUUCAAUGUGCAGAUAUAUUUUUUUCUUUAUUGUGUGUGUUUGCGGUAGAAAAAGUCCAGGAAAAGACGGUCACAGUAAGGACUGGUUUGCGUUUACAGGGUUCUCGCAUGUCCUGGAAAACCUGAAAGACAGCUGACCAGUUUUCCAGUCAUCGGAAACACGUGAAAAAAAAGCUAAACAUCCUGGAAAAACUUGGACAAUUAUUGAAACAUCCUCCUAAUUUCAUACCAGAGUUUCCCUAAACAGAUGACAUCGUCGUCUGGGACGGCUAACUCGCUUUUACUCGCUCUGUCCCUCUGCUUUACCAACACACACUGAUCUCUUAACUGCAGGUUAAGUUUUGGACAGCCACAAAAUAAGACGCCUAAAGGUGCAGUAGGCAGGAUGUGUAUAUACAAAAAAAGCUUUUAAUAUCAGUCAAUAGUUAGUAGUUAUUGAUGAAAUGUGGAAAUAUGAUGAUAUCUUUGUCUUAUGUCUGUGUCGUCAACAUUUUAACAUUUUUUGAGCGUCUCUUUCUGACUGUAAACAAAGCUGUUCUCCGCCUCCUCUAACCUGAUUGGCUGUUAGGCACACUCCAUGUCCUCGAACAAUGUUCAUAAGCCCUAGCUAAGUUAGCGUGCUACAAUAUCGGACAGUAGAAACCAACCAGAAAGUUCGGAAAAUUGUCUGAAUCCUCCUUUGACCACGACUGCCGACACAAGCAAGAAAACAAAGUAAAUACCGGAGACUCUGGAGGAAUAACGGGCGCUUAAAACGGAGGUAGACUGAACAAGAGCUAAAAAAAUCCAGGUCAAUGGGGGACGCUUUGGGAUCUUACCCACUGCGCAAUGUGAUGUCGAAAUGACAUCUAUUUAACGUAUUUUUUUGACAAUGAGGUACAAAUGUGGACGUCAUUUCAACGUCUAAAAGAGGUCCAAUUAUGGCAUCUAAAUCUUGGAUCUAUUUUGCACGUUUUGCCGAUGUCUGGAAUUUGUCUUCAGAUGACAUCCAAAUUCUAAACGUCAGAGUGACGUCUAAAAAUGGUCCAAUUUGGACGUUGAAAUUUCUAAUCAAUUUUGCACAUCGCACUGACGUCUCGAUGUGGUCUUUGACGGACCGACCCAAUGCUAACUUGAUCUGCACGUCUCUUGGGCGUCCGAUGUUUGGUGGGUACGGACCCUGUAACCUUUCCGCUUUAACAAAGUAAGACAAGUGUCUGUAACAGAAGUGUUUCUUGUCAAACGGACCUGCUGUAGCGUGUUGUAGCGCCAUCGCUAAACUGUCCUCCCUCGGGUCCUGGACUAUGUCACUUUAUCCUCGUUGUAGAAGUCCUGCAAACAUUGUGUUUGCUGGUAGUCUGUUGGCAUCUACAGUAGCACCAAUGCUUUUGACUUUCACCUUGACUGGGCCCCAUUUGUAAUGAUCUGAAGUAUUGAUCUGCAUUAUAUCUGAAUUAAAUCGGAACGAUACGAGCGAGCAGGAGCGUCUGUUUGUGGGCGGGGCUUGAGGGGAGAGGAGGAGCUGAGGGGAAAACUGGUUGGGAGGGGUAGAGUUUACAUUCAAGAUUUCCUCCAAAAACUGGUAUGGAUUCAAAUGAGGAUUGACUCACUUUCAUACCGGCCCCCUAGUGGCCACUUUAAGAACUGCAGUUUUUAUUCUUGCUGCCUUGUUUCUCUUCCUCCACAGUUUCGUCUUCGUGUUUUUGUGUUGUUGCUAACCAUGACUCAUGCAGGAGGAAAUCCCUUGUUUCCCCCCCGUCACCUGCUCCUCCUCUGUCAGAGCAAAACAUCUGAAAACAGUAACCGCUGAACAUGUCCCCUCCUGUGUGCGUCUCCAACCUUAGUAGAAACAUGACAGAUAGCAUCGGUUUAAUGUCACUCCUGGUUACAGCCGACGUGUCAUAAGAGAUUACAGUAUGUCCUCGGAGCCGCAGGCGUCAGCGUGUAAUCUGAACCCGCCUCGAUCUCACCUUGCUUUCACUCGCCUGAGCCUGCAGAGGAGGUGAUGUCUCUGAUAAGUCAGUCGCUCCAUUUGGGAAAUUAGCUCCUGCUGUCCUUUAUUCACCUCCGUUCAGUUCAGUUCUGGGUCGUGCUGGAAGAGAUGUCAGAUCUGUGAUGAAGUGAUGAAAUGGAAAUCAGAGGGCGAGGCUCAAAAACAAACACAGAGAGAGGAAGUAUGAGGAGGAUUAAAAUAAAUGUAAUCAAACGUUGACACGGAGCUCCAAGAGUCAACUGUGUUUGUUGAAUUGUCUGAUGUUUUUUAGCAGUUUUGAUCGACCCAGACUUGGACGGCAUAAUCACAGUUUACCUUGGCUUUAGUCCCGCCCCUGACAGUGAUUGGUUUGCAAUCAGCUGGUUGUGAAGUUUGAAGGUCUGGUCUGGAUGUGAUUGGACUUCAUAAAACCCAAAGUAAACAAGACAAAUUCAGUUACAUCAAAGUUAGCUAACCCUGACCUCGGUGGUUUCAUAUUUACUCCAUUUAAUCCACAUUUGAGCCGACGUGUACGCUGACUUUUUAACUAGAUCUCAUGGUAAUCGUUCCUCAGUAAAGUAUUUUUAUCACAUUGACUUCAAAGCAUCACAACUUCAAAAUGGCACAAAUUAAGAACAGAUAACCCCAAGUCAUGGCAACAGUAACUAUCCUACAAUCUGUAUUAAAGCUACUAUAAGAAGUUUUUUAAUUUCUAAAGGUAAACAAGAGCAUCAGGGAUGAGACUGACCGCUUGUAAAUCAUCAUUUUUCUGCCUGAAAUUGCCCUGAUUUGAACAUGUACGUGUAGUGAUUUGAAAUGAGCCUCAUACGGUCGCACCAAAAUAUAUGUAGCGAUUUGAAAUGAGCCUCACAAGGCCGCACCAAAAUAAUACUUGGCGAUUGGAAUUUAUAAUAAAUGUCUGAAGAUUAAUAAUCUCAAAUUAUGACAUUUAUGCACUCGUUGAAAGGGGCACCACCCACCCUUAAUGGUGGGAAAAUAAAGAAAACAAAAGUUUAAUUCAGAAAUCAAACAUCAAGUCAGUUUUAAUUAAUCAGUCUUAAUUAAUCAGUCUCAUAUCUUAAGUCGAAAUUCUAAUUUCAGGGACUCCACUUCUGGAAGAACACUAACAGUCAAGAACUUAGGAAAAUAAUGAUCUGUUUAUUACAGGAUAAAUGAUGGUACAACACACAUGCAAUAAAUGAUGAUAAGAUAAUGAAGAUAAAAUAAUAAUAGGUGAAUAAAUAAAGAUUCUGAGUCAGGCUAGGAGCACUAAAGUUAAUGAUAGUGAGUGAAUAUGCGCUAACAUAUUAACCUACACUAACUUUGGUGUCGAGAUAAACUCGGAUGUGGAUUUGGAGGAAUCUAAGAUUACCAGAAAUAGGUGGAUAUCUGAGUUAUGAACGCAUGAGACAGCACCAGCCCUCUUUGGAGCUCUGGAGGUUUGCAUACUUAAGUGAGACUGGUCCUUGGAGAAGAUGGAGCAGGUUCCGAACGUCCGGGGCUACUGGCGGUUCGAGCGGUUCAGCUCAGAAGACGACUGAAGUCAGCCGAAGGAUGAGCCAGGAGUUGCAGCACUCGGGCCCGAAGCAAAGCCAGCGCCUGUGGAUCCUGUGGAUGCUCGUUUGGGUACUUCUUUGGUCUCACUUAAAACUUUGGCACAGAGGAUGACCUGGGCCUGCUGGGUUGCGUUCAGAGGUGACUUUGAAUCACGCAGAAAACUCAGAAAAACGAGACUCGAGCAGAGAAAACUUUCAAAAAUGGCUUCGCGAAAUUAAAGAAAAAUCAAUCAAAGGCUUAAUCUUGGAUUGCUAUGUGCACAAAGAGUUGAAGUUUCAAAACUUGAACUAAGACGAUGUUAAAGAAAAAUCAACGUGAAUCAACACGUGGCGUAAAACUUAGAAGACUAAGAAAAAGUUCUAAGAGAAAACAAAGAAACGCACCACAGAAGGGUGUGGGCAGAAGAGAAGGGGCAUAAGAGCCGGGGACAAGAGAGUCAGCAGAAGAGCAGAAGCAUAAGAGAGAUAAGAGCAACCCGACUUCACUGGUUUUAUCUUCUCACACUGGGAGUGGCUCCGGCGUGUGUGUGAGGAGACAGAGGAGGGGUCGUGUGGUCUUUGAUUAUUUGAUCUAACUUAUUCUUUUGGCUGGCAAAAGAGUCAGAUCUGAUACUCACUCACUAUGAUUAAUAUCAUUGAAUGUUUGGUUUCAUGAUAAAUAAUUUGACACUAAACACAUAUGAAUGAAGUGUAGGAUCACAUCAAACAUUCUCAUUAUGUUUUAAGUAUCACAUUGAACAUGCUAAAUUACUCUGAAAUGAAACAGAUAGUAACACAUGGAAACUGUGAACAACAAAAGAGUACACACAUGUGAAUGAACUUCAUCAUGAUUAAUAAUGGAUUCUAAAUACUCACAUUAAGGUUAUUCAAUGACAUUAUAACCACCUAAUGGUUAAAAAUACUAAAUAAACGAUUAAAAUAUAGACCAAACAUUUCUAAACUAUUUCUGUGUUCAUAGAGUAAAGUUAUGAUCCAUAGUCAAUAAAUGUAACUCUUAAAAGUUCAUGAAACAGUCUGAAAAGCUGUUGGUCUAAAGAAACUAAAGAGCGAUAACUCGGCUUCUGGAGCACAUAGAAAAAUGGGAAACAUCUCAUUUUAACACAAAUUUCAUGAUUAGACAGAUUAGUACAUUGCUGAAUGUAUAAGAUGUCAGGAUCAGUCAUUUGUAUUCUUUCACCAAAGGAAUGUAGUCUUUAUCAGUGUAUGGUCGAGCUGGGUUUUACGACCGAGGUCUGGAGGUCAGUGUCCCCCCUUUUCCUGGGGUCCGUAUGUUCACACACUUUAAGACGCUAAAUCUCAAAUGGGAGAUCUGGGUUGAGGUUAAUGUUUAUUUAGAUGGUCAGCAAAUGGAGUCAGUUUGAAAGGUAAUAAAACUCUGUCUCUGUUCUCUGAAUCGACCAAUCGUGAAGAGUCAGAGGUUAAGUCAACCUCCGGUCUUGGGUCAGUUAGGUAACCUGAAAGUGCACACAAGUCUGGAAAGAUUUAUAUCCUGUUUCCUGGGACCAGAUAAGGAAACUUCCCUUUGAGGAAUGUGUGAGUUUUACACCCAGGGUUGUCUUGAUUGCUACAUACGCUUAAAUAUUAACAAUAAAUGACGAACUAAAUCAGGCGGAGAUUUUUUAAGCCUGUAGGUAAGCAAAGACUUACUUGUCCACAGGGGGCGCCAGAAUCGACACAAACCGAAAGUUCCUCACAGGAGCUUUAAAUAUUUUUAAGCUUUUUGAGCAUCACAACCAAAGAUUUUAUAAUAUAUAGUCAUUUACUGGAGUUUGUAUCUGAGUUAAAUGGUUAAAAAGUGACUGAAAAUAGUUCCUACCCCACAGCCAGUCCUCAUCCACUUUUUCCCCUGAUACUUAACAACAGGCCUGAUUUAUGAAGAGUAUUGUGUUAUGAAUGGAUAAUCUUGAGUACUGCCUCUUAAAGUCCUCGUCUUUGUUUACUUUCUCUCAGUUUCUUCCUAAUUUCAUGUCAGUGUUUUUUUUACCGUGUGGUUUUCUCCUCAGUCUUUCCCCACCAUGAUUGAUAAUAACUUAAUUUGAGUGGAAAUCUUGGAGGAAAUCCUCGCAGAGGAAAAACCCUCUGGUGAAAAGAGCACUUUCACAUCUGGCCUGCUGCACUGGACAGCUGCCCGCCGAGCUCGAGUCACUAUUACUGGGAACAACAAUUUUCCUGAUCCAUCAAACUCCUCGGCUAAAAGCGAGUUUAAUUGUUGUCGACCCAUCUUCCUCACUUGUCCGUCUUCUCCAGUGGUUGGGACUUGAAAUGGGUAAAAAAGGAGCUCUCCGUUCAACAAAUUUGGGCUGAUUGUUCUUGGACAGAGCAGCUGCAGAAAUAAGAGGACCUCGGAUUGAACUGUGAGAGGAUUAUCGUGCUGUAAGGCUGCCAGAUGGUGCCUGGAAUUACCUGCAGAAAUUAUCGAUAACAUCCUCCUUUGAGAGCAGGAUGCAUAGAGCGACUGAAGGCGGUUUUCAACAUGAUGUGAAUGUGUUCGCUCGGCUAGCUGUACCAGCUCAGGGGCAGUGGUCUGGUUUGAAGGGAGGGGCGGUCACUGGUUUCAUUACAUUCAAAGAACAAUGACUUCCACUCGGAGCUGCUCAGCGGUUUUGGCUGCCUCUGACACUUCUGAGAACAAUGGCUGUUUUCAUAAACAAAUCAAUUACAGCCACAUAAACAGAGGAGUUUAUGUUUUCAUAAAUUAUAGUGUAUGAUUCGUUAAAAUCGCAGGCCUGUUUGAGCAGAUCCAGAGUUUGAUUCUGCCAGGCCGACCAAACCAAAGCAGAACCAAAAAAAACGUGACAGCAGCGUUUUUUGGUUCUUAACGCUGACUCUCAGAGUUUAGAGGAUUUUUAUGAAGAGUUUUACUCAUCAGUUGUUUUAGGUUAAAGCGUUAGAAGUCCAGGGGUGUGUCCUGAGUUUUCAAAGUGAGGGGGCCAAGCUCCAUGUAAGGGUGGCCUUUAUUUUAUUUAUUUAUUUACUCACCUUCUUUUACGAUUGUCCUCUGAGAAGUUUUUUUAUUCAGACAUUGAUCAGUCUGAUGUCAGGAGGGUGACGUCCCCUCUUUAUCAAGUAAAAGCCUUUUCAUCAUUUCAAAUUAAAGCUCCUGUGAGGAUUUUUUUAAACUGACUACUAAAAUCAAAAGUGAUUCUCUGAUAUGACUCAGAAAAGCCAACAAAACCAUCAAAACCAAGCGCUCAAUCAUUUUGGGUAUCUCCAAUCUCUGCCUUUUUUUAAGCUAACAUUCACAUGUAUGAUAAGUUCGGCAGUUUUUUACUGACUGCAUGGUUAGAUCCCUCCCUAAUGUAUCACUUAUUGAGGAUAUUUUACACACAAAAAAACAUGCAGAGAUAACAUUUGCUGAUUUGUCCACUUUGUCUUCUUAUUUUACGUUAUCUUACGUGACAUAAUCUAACGUUAGGUAAUUUUUAACGUUUCGUUAUCUUAUUUAAGGUCGCUUUAUGUUACAUUACGCUGUCUCAUGUUACCUUGUCCUACGUGAUGUCAUCUUACGUUACAUCAGCUUACAUUCAGCUGUCUCACAUUACAUUAUCUAAAAUUACGUUAUCCUACAUUAUCUUACGUUACGUUAUCUUACAUUAUGCUAUAUUAUGUUACGUUAUCUUAAGUUACAUUAUUUUAUCCAGAUGUUAGAGUUUAGUUAGAAAACAGUGAAUUAUUUACACAUAUAGAAAUCAAAAUCAGCAAAGAGAUAAAGCUUUGUCCACAGGGGGGCGCCAAUAUUGACAUACCAUCAAUUUUCUAGCAGUACAGCAUUUACACAACCAAAACGUCUUCAGAUUAGCUUGUUUGGUUGUUUGUUUGUUUGUUUGUUGUUGUUAGUUGAUUGUUUUGGUACAUGACAGAUCAACCAGAGGAGGACCGAGUUCUGAGCUGACGGAAACCCGCCAUAGUGGAGGUGGACAUGCUUCUGCUGCUAAUGCUAACACCAAUGCUAAUGCUAACACAAAUGCUAAUGCUAACACCAAUGCCUUUGACUUUGAGAAAAUAACAUUCAUGAAAGCAGCUCAGUGUCCUGCUGCAGCUGAUGGUGUUCACAGACCAGCUCCUUUGUAGUUUUCAUUUUACCUAAUGUUGGUAUCUCCUCCUCCUCCUCCUCCUCUUCCUCUGCUUUAUCCAUCUAUCAGGCCAGGACACUGUGGCGCGGCUGCCAAACCUCUCCACGCCACAGCGGUUUUUCAUGUAUCCUCAAAAAUCCACGUGUUUUCAGGGCGUCAGGAAGGAAGAAGUUUCAGUCAUCAGUCAGAGCACAAGGGAAGCUUUCAGUCCCGCCACAUGGUUCAGGGUAGCGCAUGUGUUUAUAUUUACUGUACGUUAUGAGGGCUUGGGCACACGCCAUCCCGCUGUUUCACUCUGGGCACCAACAUUUCACUCCACCCAGCUCCAAUUAAGGAGCACAAGGAGCUGUUUGAUUCCCCGUAUAAACCCAACAUGACAAAUAAGAGUAUUGUAUAUUGUUUGAUCCCCCUCGGCUGCUGCAGGGACUCCACUGCUGCAGCACGCCGUGUCGUUGACGGCUCUGUGUUAUGUCUCCUCUGAUGAUUUGUAUAGACCACUGCUAACGAAAUGUGAAUUGCAAAGACUUCUGGGAUGCAGCCAAGGCAAGAGAAGGCCUGUGCGCUGUGAGAGCCGGAGAGGGGUACAGGGUUUAUAUGGACCGCGUGGUUCUGGGCCGAGUUGUUUAACUUUGAUAAUAUUGGACCGGAUCCAGCACAGUGGGCCAGGGAGUUAGGAGCGUAUUGUGCUCGCUGAAAUUUAGUAGGAGGAGAGCUGGAGAGUGAGAGCUGCUGAAUUUCUUCACUGGACGAGUUCAGCCUCUGUGCAGAUGUUGCUCUAUGAGUCUGGAACAUUCUGUGGUUAUCAAUUACAUUCUGUGGUUAUCAAUUAUCCACUACGCUCCUCUCAAACAAAAGGCAUCCCACGCAUUCGAUGCUUCACAGCGCUGUUUUUGAAGAAGUUUCCUGACAGUAGGUAGCCGGGCACAGAAAACAAAGUGCUGAAUUGGAUUUUUCUAUCAGUGCAUCGAUGUGAAAAAUGAUGUUAGAGUGAGUCAGAGACAGAGACGAGCAGACUGAGGGAGAGAUCUGAAAAACAUGUUUACCUCCUGUGGAUCAACACUGACAGCGAAGGUUUCCCUUCAGGAGAGCGAAGAGACAGACGAGGAGAGAGGGAGGAAAGACAGAGACAGAUCUGCAGAUCAAUGUUUCACUCAAACAAACCGUUUUUGUCGAGACGGAGCUCUGAAUCUCAUUUGUCCGGUUCAGAUUCAGGGAGUGAGGCCAAAGCUUUCUGGCCUACUGGUCGCAUUAGCUCGAUUGUUUAUGUAGAAAUGUUUGACUCUGAGCUUCAUGCUGCUUUGUGGAGCUGGUUCAUACAAACUUAAAACCAUAUUCAUCUGUUUAAAAUGUCAAAUAAGGCCGCUCCGAUCUGGAAAUCUGAAUUUGAGUUAUAGUUACCAAACUUUCUUUGGUGUGCCAGACGUCUGCACCUUCCUGAAUCAUUCCUGAAUUACAGGGUUUUUGUUUAGGCUGGACUUAAAUACUGUUAAACAAAAAUAUCCUCAUUUCCUCAAAGAUUCAGGAACUGAAGCUGACAAGGGUUUAGAUUUAAAGCUGCAGAGUUUGGGUUAAAGGUGGCAGAGUUUGGGUUUAAGGCAGUGAGUUUGGGUUUAAGGCAGCAAAGUUUAGGUUUAAGGCUGCAGAGUUUGGGUUUAAGGUGGCAGAGUUUGGGUUUAAGGCAGUGAGUUUGGGUUUAGGGCAGCAAAGUUUAGGUUUAAGGCUGCAGAGUUUGGGUUUAAGGUGGCAGAGUUUGGGUUUAAGGCAGUGAGUUUGGGUUUAAGGCAGCAGAGUUGGGUUUAUGGCUGCAAGGUUUGGGUUUUAAAGGCUGCAGAGUUUGGGUUUAAGGUAGAAGGCUUUUGGUUUAAGGAAGUGAGUUUGGGUUUAAGGCAACAGAGUUUGGGUUUAAGACAGAAAAGUUUGGGUUUGAGGCAGAAGGCUUUAGGUUUAAGGCAACAGACUUUGGGUUUAAGGUAGCAGAGUUUUGGUUUAAGUCAGCAGAGUUUGGGUUUAAGGCAGAAGACUUUUGGUUUAAAGCAGCAGAGUUUAGGUUUAAGGAGGCCAAGCUUGGUUUAAGGUAACAGAGUUUGGGUUUAAGGCUGCAGGGUUUGGGUUUAAGUCAGCAGAGUUUGGGUUUUAAGGUUGCAGAGUUUGGGUUUUAAGGCAGCAGAGUUUGGGUUUUAAGGUUGCAGAGUUUGGGUUUAAGAGCAGGGUUUGUUUUAGUCACAUUCUCAGUCGAUUAAUCCCUUUAUGGGUCUUUAAAUGAGUCAGCGCUCUCAGAAUCACCAUGAUUUUCUUGUAAAUUGUUAACAUUAGUUAAACUCACACCUCUUUGGGCAGGAUGACAAAUCAAAUUUUCUUUUUUAGUUUGCCUGUUUUUUCCCGACAGCUCAUGAGAUCCCCAGUUUUACAGCCUGAUGGGAAAUCUCUUUAAAGCGGCAACUUUAGGGGAGAAAAACCAGAUUACCAGAAAUAGCGGUAAUACGAAAACCAUCUAAGAAUCAUUAUAUGAGGAUAACAGACUGAUUCCUAUGGGAACACAAGAAUUAAGAAGUUUGGAAGUGGACUUGUCAGUUUCCAGUGGUUGUGUAAUAAUGAGGCGACCAGCUGCUCCAGCAUGUCGGGAUUCCUCGCGGCCGUGAAGCGAAGGUUUUCUCUCCUCGUUCAUCUCUUUGGUAUGAAUCAGGGUUUUUGGAGAAUUGCAUCAGAUUUCUCUCCCCGUCUGCGUCUGCGUCUUUUCUUUCCGUCUCAGGUUCGUCAGACUGAGGACAUGAGCUCAUGAGCGGCGGGACAGACGGCAUGACGUGUUCGAUCCCCCUGUCUUUGUGUUUCUGUUUUAUAAAUCACUGAUGUAACAGAUAAUAAUAACAACGCUCGUUCCAUUUCUUCAUUUCUGCAGGGAGCCAAGUAGGUGGAUUUAUUUCCUAAUUCGUCAUCAUCACUAAACUCUUUCUCCUCUUCCUGUCAGAUGGUCAUCACCUCUGGGAGACCGAGGCCAAGGUGGACAGGGACGCCUCAAAGACGGUGAGUGACAUGUGACACAGUUUUCCCUGAUUUCAGAAUAAAAGCACGGAGGAUAAGCGGCUGUUUCUGAUCACUCGACCGGGCGAAGGGGGCCGAACGUUUUCAGUCUUGAUUUAAGAAAUAAACAGAUGUCUAAAUCAAGAGAGCUCAGAGAGAACGAGGUCUUCUCAGCACACAUCUGCACUUUGAUUCAACUCGACUUUAAAGGACCAGUUCACCCAAAAAUCUGGAUCCCAGAGUGACCGCCUGAACUGCUGAAAACAACAGAAAAAUGUAUAUAAUAUUAUCAACAUUUAAAAAUGAUGCACCACAAAUUACAACAUUCAAUCCAUGUUUCAGGAAUGAUUUUCAUGCUUUUAUUUUUUUAUUGUUCUGUUGUAGUUUUUAAAAGGUUUACAGGGUUCUCGCAUGUCCUGGAAAACCUGAAAGACAGCUGACCAGUUUUUCAGUUGUCGGAAACACAUGAACAAAAAAAAAAGAGAGAGAGAGAGAGAUCGCUAAACAUCCUGAAAAUCUUGGACAAUUCUUAAAGCAUCCUCCUAAUUUUAUACCAAAGUGUAAUUAAACAGAUGACAUCGUCGUCAUCUGGAACGGCUAACUCGUGUUCAGAAUCAUAUCGACCAGCGAUGAUAGUUUCUGCUUUCGCUUUUACUCGCUCUGUCCCUCUGCUUUACCAACACACACCGAUCUUUUAACCCCAUAAGUUAGCGUCACCCGCUAAUCACAAGAAACACGGUGUGAGAUUUUCAGGAAGUUUAUGGGCAGCCACAAAAUAAGACGUCAUAUUUGUUCAAUACGUGAGGAAUCUGGCACCAACAAUAAAAACGUGAUGACGUUUCCAGCUUUACUCGCCAAUCAGAGGCGAAAGAGGCGGGACUUUCUUCUUCCAUCUUACAAAAAAAAACAUCUCAUCCAGGACGGAUGGCUCCCAUUGGUCGAUGUUUUUGCAGCCCUGCACCUGUUAGGAUGAACAGAUUUUUUCCGUUCUUUUUUCUCUUCACUUUGUGGAGAUCGCACUAUAGGACCAUGAUCGCCAUAGAAACGAGGUUCAUAAUAAUUACCAAUCUCUCCGAUCGUCAACCAUGACUUUAAAUGUCUUUAUUUCCCGUAUGAUCGAACUAUUCUGUUUCUCUCCGGAGGGAAACAGCCGUGUUGUGUUUGAGACGUGUGGAAAAGGUUUUCUGAAGUUCAACCCUGAACCUGUGGGAGUUUGUGCUUGGCAGUGUGUCCCGCCUUGGCCUGGGAGAGAGAGAGAGAGAGAGAGAGAGAGAGAGAGAGAGAGAGAGAGGGAGAGAGAGAGAGAUAGAGAGAGAGAGGGUUUUAGCUGUAGUGGUGGGAGUCAGGGAGAUAGACGAGGGGAUUAGUGGGUGUCUGUGUGUGAGGCGCUGCACCUGCUCCCUGAAUCUUCCUUCUUCAAAACAUACACACUUCCUCUCUCUCUCUCUCUCACUCUCUCUCUCUCCCACACACACACACACACACACACACACACACACAGUCACUGCUGGGUCACAUCUGUCAGCCUGAAUGGACAAAAGGCCUCCCCCUCCCCCCCUCAGUCUCCUGGAUUGGUCCCAUUUCAAACACUGGCUCGGCCUCGUCCAGGUUCAGCCUCCGCAGACUCAGAAUACCUCACCGCCUCCGUCACCUGAACACGCUGACCUUCCUUAAUUCGGAUGAUUUAGUCACAAUUUUCAGAAUUACUCUCAAUUAGACGCGUCAGGCUUGUAAACUUAGAUAAACGGUCCCGAAGUGCUCACUGGAGGAGUCCAACAACGCUCCUUCGAGGUCCCAUUUUUCUCCUCCCUACACAUGAGAGAAAUUAAAUCUGACAGGUAAAAACAUCUCAAGAGUUGUUUUUGUGAAAUUUCAUGACUUUCACACAAAUUAAAGGUCUUUUUAGUCCGCUGUGGGCCGAGCUAGCUUUACAAGAAAGCAGGUGUGAGCGCAACACGUCCAGAUAUAUGAAAAUGACGUCACUCUCAUCUCUGCUUUUUAUCAGUCUGAAUUUAUCGACACACUUGGCAGGAAUGACACGAAUUAAAUGAAGCAAAUAAUCCUGUUAAAGCUCGACACGAUUGUAGUUUACGACAUCGGAGUUUCUUGGAUUUUUCGCUCUGAGUUCCUCAUCUGGCUCCACUUGAUUUCACGGCUGUAGUGAUCUAAUCCGGAGAGUGUCAGCACUCACCUGGACAUGUCAGGGUCAGACGUUCACUGCAGCACAGUUUUUCAGACAGAUGACUUCCUCUUCAGGCUACUGAGCACACACACACACACACUGAAACACACACACACACAUAUAUGGAUGUCAUAUGGCCGCCGGCUGAACCUGGACGCUCCUGGCCUUUAGUGGUUCUCAGACAGCAGGAAACUCUGCUGAGGAAAUAAACUAUCUGCAUGAUCCCGGAUUUGAUUUAUUAAAAUCAGCCGAGUUAUUCACUGUGCAAACAACCAGAGCUCUCCAGAACUCUUACUUCACGGUCUCUCUGCGUGUGUGUGCAACUUUUUCUUGUUUGGGACUGAACCAGAUUUUCAGAUUUAAUCCACGGCCCAGAAAAACAGACACACCUUCAGGCGACGGAUUAGAAAUAAAAGCAAGAACAGGACAAAAGAUAAAAACCAGGAAACAAAAAGAACUUCAUAUUUCUUCUUCAUGAAAACGAAAGGAUUACACUGUGCUCAGUCCCCUACUGUUCCUGUGAUCUACAAACUAACAACAAUAUAAAACAAUAAAGAAACAGGUUAGAAUAAAACUCACUUAAAGUUUUUCUUUUAAAACAGACGCAUUUCUAUAAACACUCCUUGACUCCAAAAAGGUUAAAAACAGCACAACAAAAACAGAAAACUGAGCAAAAAUGGUGAAGAAGUUACACAGCAGCUUUAUUCUACUUCAUGGAGCUAGUUCAGGCAUGCAUUCCUGUUUUACUCGCAAAAAAACAAACAAAUAAAAAACAAUCCCUCCACUGAGAUUUAAAGUUUUCUUUUCUUUCCCUGCAGAAUUCGCUGAUCGUUGAAAUCCCUCCUUAUCGCAACCAAAGACUCUCCACUCCGGUCCACGUCAACUUCUACGUCUGCAACGGAAAGAGGAAAAGAAGCCAGUAUCAGCGCUUCACCUACGUCCCCGCUAAUGGUAAAUAAAGACCUCCUCCUCCUCUUUUAUAUUAAAGCUCCUGUAAGGGACUUUAGUUUGUCACAGAGCAAUCUACCUCUCUGAUUCUAACACUUACUCUCUGCAUCAAAAAUCACAAUACAAACUCAUCGUUCUGGUUUCUGUGUUCUUGUUUGUUUUCAUAAAUCAUAAAAACUUCAUUUCUGUCUUUUUUAUGAUCACCAAAAAACUCCUCACUGGAGCUUUAAAAAUAAACAGGCGAUUUUAUAACUUUUUGUAAAUUUGUUGAUUUAAUAAUAAUGAUAAAUUUUAUUUAUAACGCGCUUUAACAGGUGCUCAAAGACACCUUACAAAAAAAAAGAAUAAAAUACAAUAAAAAACAAUUUAAAAUACAGAAAAUUUUGAGCGAUAAAACCAACAAUGUAGGAGGUUAAAAAAGACACAAUAUGAGACGACAAUAAAAGAAAGGUUUACAGGUUAAAAGCCAAUUUAAAAAGGUUUUUAGGAGUGUUUUGAAAGUAUGGGGGUCUGUACAGUCUUGGAUGGGUUCGGGGAGUAAAUUCCAGAGAGUGGGAGCGGCAACGGAGAAGGCUCUGUCCCCCCAAGUUGGUUGUUUGUCCGAAGGGGUAGGACGAGAAGAAGAAGAAGAAGACCCAAAAAUCUGAGAAAAAAAGUUUAAAACAGCUUGACUUCCCUUAGAGUAAGAUUUAGGGAAAUAAUCACAAGCAGGUCUCAAAGAUGUUAAAACAGGAGAAUCUCCUGCAUCAGUCCAUCCCUUCUUCCUCCGCCUUUCUUUUCCUCUCCUGUGAUCACCGCAGCACUUCACCGCUCUCACUCCGUCGGCCUUUUCCCUCCAUAUGUACUCAGACUAAUUGGGAGCAUUUUAACCAUCCGUUUUACAUCUGAAGAGGAGAACAAACAGUUUGUUUUCCUUUUUGUCUCGUGGUUUUCUAGGGCGGAACAAAGCAACUCUAUUACCCCUCCAUUGUAAAAUGAAAAUCCAUAAAAUCUGUUCUUUUCCAUACCUGUAGCUGCAGAGAGUGGACAGCAGCAGCAGCAGCAGGGCGGGGAGGGGAGAGGAGAGGAGAGGGGCAUGGGAAAAGCAUGUUAUUUGAAUAGAGAACCUGUUGCCAAGCUAAAUAUAAACACUGACCGAGCGACUGAAAUGUAAAAACCGCUGCUAAUUGCGUUUUGGGCUCAGAGCGAAAAUCCAGUGGGUGGUUCAAAGCUGCGAUUUAAGCGAGCGGACCCAGCCCUGUACGUGGGCGAGCGGGUGCCCCGCUGUGAAAGUGGAGCAUUGUCCUCAGGAUGCAGAGAGGGUGAGGGAGAGGGUGAGGAAGGGGGACAGCUCGUCUGGUCAGUGUCUCAGAGAGUCUGAAGAGUCUGAAGUUCAAGAUGAUCUGCCCCGUCUGUGAGAAAGAUCUGCAGAUGGAAAAGGACUGAGAUCGGUUCAAUAUUUCCAUAAAUAGAUUCAAGUUUUCCUGCUUUUUACAUCACACGCACCUUUUAUUAGAAAACUUCAGCCCAAACUUCUUUAUUAUAGAAAAUUAUUAAAGCACUUGAGAGCAGACAGAACCAUCUCUGAGACGAAGACAGAGAUGGAAACAAAGAUGAUGAGAUAAAGUGGAGCCAAAUAUUUUUAUAAACUAAAUAAGAUGGAAAAUAAAUCAUCCAAACAGAUUUUUCUGAGGGCGCAGUGCCUGAACCGCUGGAUUAAAUAUUCAGCUUGAAAAAACAUCACAGUGUGUGCUUGGAAUGAUGUGUUUUAGUUCGUCCUGCUCCUUUGAUUAAAGGCGCAGUAAGGAGUUUUUCACAGAUUCAGAAAAGGGUUCAGUUUGGAUUUCUUCUUGAUGAUUAAGAUUAUGAACAUGAUAGAUCAUCUGGUCUGAAUUAAGAGUCUGUUUGGGUCACAUUUACGCUGACUGACUUGGCUGUUAAAAUUAGCAAAAAGGUGGUUUUUUUUUUCUUUCACAUCCUGUUUUGAACUCAUGGCUGAUUUUUAACUGAGAUUAGUAAAACCAUGUUUCCUGUUACAGUAUUGUUGUCGUUGAAGAAGCUCUACGACAAGAAGAGUAAAAUGUCGAUUAACAUAAUUUGAUGUGUGACCGACUAUAAAGCCAAAAUACUUAGAGCUCCCCCUACUGGCUGGCAGACAGUAUAAGUACUAGAUUCCACCUCCUCCAUGUUAGCAAAUGAACUUGAGUCAAACUGGAAACCUUUCUUAAACUUCCUGUUGUUAUGGUUUCCACCUGAGGGUUCUUCACAAGAGUUACAUACUGUAUUUAUGACCAUAGGUGAAGGUGCUCAUGGGAAAUGCAGUCUUUAUCCGGGAAACAAAAGAAUCACAGCUCAAACUUCUUUUCAACAACAACAACAAAUCAAUCCUGAAAAAUAAAAACUCAGCUGACGAAGAGUCAAGUCUGAUGAAAAUGAAGUUUCAGGUGUCUCAACACCUCCUGCAGAAAAACAGCAGAUUAUUCUGGGACACACUCGGCUGAUUUCACACUCCGGAAACCCGCCCAAACAAAGUGUCCUCUGUUGCAGCACAAACAUUUGCACUUCUUCUUCUCCUGCUUCUUUCGAAGUGUCUGCAUCUGCCUAUCCUCCGCAGGCAAGCAGAGCAGACGCACUUCCUCCAAACAGGCCCAAAAUAGUGCUGCGUGUGCUAUUUUAGCUCUGUGGUUGGUGAAACCAUCUCCUCGCAGUUCCUCUUUUACAGCUGAAGCUUCAGUAAGGCAUGACACAUCCUGGAUUCACUCUUUAGCUGUAAUUAGAAACGUGUUCAGUGAGGUAAGACCUGGUGGACUAUGAAGACCAAACAGAGUAAAGAUCUGACUGCAUGGUUAGAUCCCUCCCUAAUGCAUCGCUUAUUGAAGAUCUUUUACAUUUUAAAGUUUUUUUAUUUUGAUAUUUAUGCAAGAAGACAAGCAGAGAUUACAUUUGCUGCUUAGUACACUUAUGUUACGUUAUCUUACAUUUCAUAAUCUAAUGUCAUGUAAUUUUUCGGUUCGUUAUCUUAUGUUAUAUUACCUAAAAUGAUGUUAUCUCACUUUACAUGAUCUAAGGUUCCGUAAUUUUGUUACAUUAUCUUAUGUUAAGUCGUUUUAUGUUACAUUGUCUAAUCUUCCGUUAUUUUACAUAAUCUAGCGUUAUGUAAUUUUACAUUAUCUCAUGACAGGUCGCUUUACGUUACGUCGUCUUACGUUACCUUGUCUCAUGUCACGUUAUCUUAUAGUACAUUUUCCAAAAUUACAUUAUUUUACAUAACAUAAUCUAAGGUUAUGUAAUUUUACUUUACAUUAUCUUAUGUUAAGUUGCUUUCUGUUACAUUUUGUUACAUUACGCUACAUUACGCUGUCUCAAUUUAAGUCUUACUUUACAUUUAUUUACGUUAAGUUGUCUCAUGUUAAGAUGUCUCACAUUACGUUAGUUAAUGUUACGUUAUCUUAAAUUAUGUUAUUUUAGAUUAUGUUAUCCUAAAUUAUGUUUUUUUAAGUUACGUUAUUUUACGUUAAAUUAUCUUAGAUUGUGGUAUUGUAGAUUAUGUUAUCUUAGAUUACGCUAUUUUGGAUUAUGUUAUCUCUUGUUACGUUACUUUACAUUAUCUUAGAUUACAUUAUUUUAGAUUACGUUAUUUUAAAUUACGUCAUUUUAGAUUAUGUUAUUUUAGAUUAAGUUAUUUUAGAUUAUGUUACCUUAUGUUGCGUUGUCUUACGUUACGUUAAUUUACAUUAUGUUAUCUUAUGUUACGUUGCCUUUCGUUAAGUCAUGACCGGUCAUGUUGGUGGGUUAGUUUCUUUUAACUCUGCUGGGUUAAAAUUUUACAUUUCGUGGACAAACGAAAUCUAAAUUUAGAUGAUGAUUAAGUAGCAAAAGCACCAUAGUUUAGAUAACUCUGAAAUUAUUGAUUAUUUACAUAACACAAUAACAUCGAACUUUAAACAUAUAAUAAAAUACCAAAGUAAUAUUUCCUGUCAGUGGUGAGGAAGUGAAUGAGGGUUCUCUUGGAUUUAUAACUGCUAAAAUAAUAACAUAGUUUUAUGUACAUGGUCCUACAGCAAUAAAAAGAAAGAAUUCAUAAUUAAUUUUUCCACCAUGUCAAUAAAAACGACCUUACAUUCAGAUAUAAAACAUAAAUCAUGACUGUUCAUCACGAGUUUGCUCAGGAUGUGCUGAUUAUCUUAUAAACAGGAAUCUUCCAGUAGCUCAGCCCUCUGUUGUGCAUGUAAACACUUAACUCACAGUAUUACCAGAACCAGAAUCUGGACCUUGACUGAAGUGAGCUCAGUCACUGGCGUGCGUGUGGUAGACGGCGGAGAGAAAAGUCAAACAUCCUGUCAGCAGGUCCUGAGGCGUCCCAGCUGUCUCCUUGACUGUGACUCACCUCAUGGUUACAGACACCUUAACGGUUCAAAUGUGUGGUCUGACUCGGCGUAAACUCCGUAUUUCCAAAACUUUCAGAGUUAACACCAAAAGGUAAAACAAGGAGAACGAAUUAUCCUGAUGUUCCUGGAAUCAGAGUCAAUCUAAAGCAAAUAAGAAGACAACUAAACUAGAGGAGUAGGAGUUUUAUGUUUCAGCAAGGAUGAGAGGCUCUGUGUGAUAAUCUGAAGCAGCUUGGACACGAAUAAAGGACAGUUCAGUGAUGCUCGGGGUCAGCUCGGGGGAUUUUGUUCGCCUGGAUCUGGACUGAAAUACUCUUCAUAAAAGAUGGAUGUCGUGUCAGGAGCCACAGGAGAUUGACAACCCACAUUUUGAAUCUUGUUAUCCGUCGCUGGAAUCUGGCGGGCCGAUGUUUGUGAACAAGUCCUGCCUCGUUUAAACUCCGCAGCGGUCCAUAUUAGAGGAUAACCAUCUUCCUCAAACACCCCGAAGCUUUCGUUUUGUCUUUUUCAGACAAACAUCUUGACUCUGUGUGUCGAUUUUCUUUGUCUUAUUGAGCAAACAGUAAUUUAUUUUAGAUCGCCGACCCCUGCUGAGUCUGAAGCUGCUGUUACAGCAACAUAUUUCAUAUCUCACAUUUAGUGGAUAUUAGCAGCAGAGCAGGAUCCAAAGCAAACAAGCUUUUCAUUAUAGGAGCAGCUGGAUGUUUCUGGUGUUGAUGAGUCAUCCUCCUCUUUUUUUUUUUCCUGCUUUUUCGUGAAUAUUUGGAGGCGGGUGGGAGAGCUCAGCUCAGACACAGAGGCUCAUUGAUGAGAGUGUUUGUUUGGCGGUGAGUUUCCUAGCCACAAACCCACUCGCUCCACCGCUCGCCCUCUCAGGACAGUUGGAAUAUCUGUUCGCUCAUGUAGUGUCCUCUCCUCUUUUUCUUUCCCUCUCAGUUCCGACAAUAAAGACGGAGCCACAUGACGACUUCGACACCCCUCUUGUGUGUGGACAGCACACUCCGGGGUUGUCCUUGCUCCCAAAGCCAUACUUCCCCCCUCAGGUCAUGACCCCCAUAAUGACCUCUGACCCUAGACCAUGUGUAGUGGGCGGGGCUUACUCUAUCAGUCAGCAGAGACUUGCAGCCAAGCCCUCACCGCUGCCUUCCUCGACCUCCCCGAGCGCCAGCCCCAAACUGCACGACCUGUCGCCAUCGCCUUUCUCCAAGUGCCUCCCUGCGGCCCCGGUGGUCCAACCGUCCCCCAUCUCUCAUGUCUCCAUCAUUCAGGAGACGCCCGGGCGCUUCCAGACACCCGGUCUCUACCCUCCAAGCAGCUCCUCCUCUUCCUCCCCGACCUCGCAGCCGUCCACUCCGACCGACGCCCCCUUCACCCCGACUCUCAGCGUGACGGGGGCCCAGCCGGUCAGCGGCAGCGCCAGCCCUAAGGUGUCAGAGAGCGGCGGGGACGGCCUUCAGGAGGGCGGGAGCAGCCCACCUGCGCUGACCGUCAGCAUCAAACAAGAACCGCAGGAGCUGGACCAGGUGUACCUCGACGAUGGUGAGUGAGACCGUUUCUAUCAUCUUAAAGGGAUAUUCUGGCGUAAAAUUAAUCUAGGGUCAAACACACUGGAACACUGAGUCAGACACCCGGAGAGAGAUGAAUGUUGUCGACCGCUUUCUUCUCUAGUUAUACCAACUUUAGUAAGGACCGCAGGAUAGCAAUACACAGCGGUCUGAGGAGCCAUAAACAAAACUCAGCCAAAACAAACCAAACCACCAGCCACCAAACAGGGGUGUCUAACUCAGUGUUACGGUGUGUUUGACCCUAAAUUAAUUCCGGAAUAUCCCUUUAAAACACUCUGAUGAUGAUUCUGAGUUUUAUAAUACAGUUAAAUUUCACAGAAACAAAAAUGAUAAAGAAAUCCCUCUAAGAGAAAAAACAGCUCUCAGCGAGCGUCUGACCUUCACCUGAAGGAGCUGGCCGACACAGUCGAGUCAUUUCUAACCUGCAUCAGAUUUUGAUUCUCUUCAUGGAAAUAAUUAGACGGGGAACAAAACUGUCUGUGUCCUUAACUGACAAAACACAAAGGUUUGUAACCUUCCAGCAUGAAUAUAUCUACAGGUGCUGAUGGGACUUUUGAUUAAUAUCAUAUGACUCACUGAUCGUUUCACCAGGAGCUGAACUUUUGGACUUGAUGAUUCUGUUUGAUGAAAGAUAUUUGACCCGUCCUCGUUUUUGGGAAUAGUUGAAUAUUCUUUCGUGAUUUUGUCUCUGGGGGUAACAGCUCGCCUCGCUUUAACCUCUAUAAGACAGUUGGAAAAGAUGCACCGCUGCUCUUCUAAACCUUAUCAUCGAACUCAUAAUUUCGACAUCAGACUGUUACGGUUUUGCCGAGUUCACGUACUCGAGUAUUUCUUCACUUUAUAUGAUGUAACGUCACGGGUUUCCUCUGAAGUCCCAUAAAAACGAUCAUGUUUGUCGUGUGCCAGGGUUUCCAGGUGUACGAUAAUUAUUGUAUUUGUACGAUAAUUUUGCCCUCUGUACGAUCAAUAACCCAGAAAGAAGGCUAAAAGUGCGAUAAUUUGACAGUUUCGCAGUUUUGUGAAUGUGUGGUGUAACAGGACUGUCUCGGUCAGCCAGACACUUUUUUUUUCAGUUUUUUAUUUGUGUAGCCGUACAGCCUUGUCGUGGUCGUUCUGGAUGUGGUGGAAAUUUCCAGAAACUCUUUAUUUCCUUGUCAGUUGUUAUGAAUGCGGUUUCAAAAAAGUAGAAAAGUAGGUGGCCUCAAGGUCUUGUGAUUUGACUCAUUAGUUCCCACCUGUCGUUUGUUUAAAGGGAACGCUUGAGUGUAACACAGCUGAGUUGGAGCUGCUGAUGUGGGGCAAGGGGGGGGUGACCGCAAAACUGUAGCAACAAAAUCGUGAGUUUCUGUUGGACACUACGAUAAUUUUUCCAUAAAUACGAUAAUUUUGAGUCUGUGGUACGAUAAAUCUACAUUUCCCAUCUGGCAACACUGUCGUGUGCACACAUCUGUGAACUCUGACCAGCAGAGGGCGCUAUCAUGACUUUAAAAGGAGACUCAUCUGACAGAUUUUCUUCCUCGUGUGGUUUUUGUUCAGCUCUCUUUCACAGACGCUCGGUGGUCCUCUGCUUGAUAGACUGUGAGGCUUUAAACCCAGAGAGAAACCGGCCUGUGAAACCUCCCUGAUAAAAUCACUGCCGGUUUUUGUGACCCCUUUAUUUAUCUCUGACGGAGCCGAGUUUUAGGAGCACUAACUUUAUGAUCUCACCGCUGCGGCCCCUCUCUGCUCACCGCCGCUGAGGUUCAGGGGCCGCUGCGGUCUGAGCUGCGGUGAUUUGAAAUAAAUUGGAUAAAUGAUCUUCCUCUUGGCUGGAAGAGAAAACACUCCCUGGCUGUGUGCAAACAGAUGAAGAAACACUAACCAGCAGCUAUCAGUGGACAGAGCUGCAGGACUUUGAUCCCUCACCAGAGCCCCCACCGGAUCGUCUAGUCCAGUUUCCUGACAACGGCGAGUGAGACUCUGUUGUUGCAGGACUCAGACUGUUCCCAUGCCACUUCCUCUGUACAGUCUGGGUAAAUACAUUAACACUUGUUAGCGCUGUCUGCGGGGAUACUUGGCCUUUAAGAGUGAGAUUUGAUUGGUAAUUAUUCUCUCAGCGGUGCCGCCUCCACUCAGCUACAAACCAGGUGUUAUUAAAGUCGUAAAAAACCUGUGUUUCAAACCAACCGCUGUAACCAUCACGGAUGUUUCUGAGGAGCGCGGCGCCCCAAUUACACUUGUUUUCUUUGGCGGAUUGAGGGAAAUUUUUGCAAAGCAUUCCAGACUUCAUAUAACCUCUCACGUCAUUAAAAUCUUUGGCAGAGUUUGAUUCGUCUUUUUCUGUUUACGACCGCGCUCAGGUGUGGCGUUACGGUCAUUUUAUGUCAGCCGUGGUCAUUAAAACACAAACGAGGACACCUGAGACUUUUAAGGAGCUGAGACGUUAACUCUCAUUAAAUUUAUAUGGAAUUUAAAGUCAUUUUAAGAUUAUUAGCAGAAAUCGAGAAUCAACGUUAAAUUUUAUUAAUUUGAAGGAGCGCAGAUGUUAGCUUAAGAAAAAGUUCAUUUGAGUCAUUUUUAAUAUGGCGUCUCAAACUGCACUCUUAAACCCAGUCUGAAUAAAAUCAAACUUCUCAUGAUCGGAGAGAUGAAAAGCGUGAACACGUUGGUAGGAAAUCGGGAAGUUAACAAAACCUUGACCUAAAAAAAGACAAAACUUUCUUAAAGACUUAGUUGAGGAUUGGAGAAGUUGGUAAUUAUUAUGAACCUGAUGAAACUGUGGAGGAAGAGAAACAAGGCAGCAAGAACAAAAACUGCAGUUCUUAAAGUGGCCACUGGGGGCUGGUCUGAAAGUGAGUCAAUUCCCAUUUGAAUCCAUACAUAAACGCUAAACAACAUUACAGCCUAAUUUUAAAGUCAUGGUUGACGAUUGGAGAGAUUGGUAAUUAUUAUGAACCUCGUUUCUAUGGCGAUCAUGGUCCUAUAGUGCGAUCUCCACAAAGUGAAGAGAAAAAAGAAUAGAAAAAAUCUGUUCACCCUAGCAGGUGCAGGGCUGCAAAAUAAUUGACCAAUGGGAGCCAUCCGUCACGGACAGCUCCUAUUGGUCAAUCUCCUGCUCCAUUUCUCCAUCCAAUCACCUCACUGUAUUCGACACACCCCUCUCCCGUAGUUCACAAAACCUGGACCUAAAAAAGACAAAACUUUCUUAUCGUUAAAAAGAAAAAAGUUAAGAGCUGUAGAAGUGACGGCAGUUUCGAUGUGACAAAACUGUUGGGCCUUGCCACCCUGAGCCCCCCACUAGGACCAGCCCUGCUCAUAAAUAAAAAUGACAGCGGGAUGUUUCUGAUCUCAAACCCAGGCUCUGUCAUCGCUCUGUUGUCUGAAAUCGGAGCUGAUAUCUUUGUUUAUUCAGCCCUCUUGUAUUCGCCACAACACCCCUCGCCGUUCCACAUUUUAACACAGUCCCGAGAGAGGUUACAAACAUGUCUGCUCAUGGAAAGUCUGAACAGUGCUGCCUGGCCCCGAGCCGGAGCUGGGGCUAUAGGCUGCAGAGAAAGCACGAUCUGAACUCCAGGACUGCUGAGGCUGAGGGAGAUGGAGGCCAGCCAUGCUGCCAUAAAACUUGCUGACUGCAGGGGUUUGCAUGCUCCCCUUUGGCUCGGAGAGUCUGGCGGACCGAGCCAAAGCCAUACGUUAUUCUGCACGGUAGUGUGCCGAAGACUUUGGUCAGCGGUGAGGUAACAUGAGCAAAACAUGUGCAUUUUGAAGUCAGACUUCAGCCAAGGAGCAUUACAAAAGGCUUUUUUAUGGCGUGUUGUGGCCUUGUUAGAUGUCAGGGCUGCACGAUUGAUGAGCAGAGACCUUCAGGAAUUUGAGUGAACUUGUGAUUAAUACCUGGCAGAGGAACGUCCCGAAAAUCUCACUUUGCUCCUUAAAUUAUUCGCAGCCACAGCUUGAAAAAUGAAGCAAUGUUUGACACCGGUUUGUGUUUUUAACGUGUGAUGGAUUUUUUCAGACGGACUUCAACCGUGAUGUUCCAGUUUUAGUGGGAACCAAUGAUCAGCUUUUUUUUAAAUUCUGAUUUUCCUACAUGCAGUACAGACUUUAUUGAUCUAAUGCACAUUAAUUAGCUUAAUCUUUUGCUUCACCACAGGUUUCAAAGGGGGGCCUCUGUUCUUAAAGGGAUAUUCUGAUGUAAAUUAAUCUAGGGUCAAACACACCGAGUUAGACACCCCCUCCAGAGAUGAAUGUUGCCGACCGCUUGCUUCUCUAGUUAUACCAACUUUAGUAACAACCGCACUAUAGCGAUACACAGCGGUCUGAGGACACAAACAAACGCCACUCUACCAAACAUCUUUUUAGCUUUGCCUAAUUUGUUGAGCAAAGAGACUAAACACAACUCACCUACUCUCUUCCAGCAGCCGUUUGUUUGUAGCGAGACCUCAGGCCAGUCCAUUACGGACUACAGCGGGGUGACGCAGCUCAAGGAAGAACAUUAAUGAUCAUUUCUUUAUCAUUUCCUUGAAGUAAAAAUCACCAUAUUAAUCAUUUUGCUCUGCAGACAUGGUAGUUCUUCUGCCUUAGCAUCUCGGUCUGAUUGUAUCUCCAUAAAGAAAUGAUCAUAAAAGUUCUUCCUUGAGCUGCGAAACUCCACUGCACUCGGUGAUUGACUGUUUGCAGAUUGGUUGUGCUCUUGCAUUUGUUUUGGACUUCCCUCCUUGCGUUUCUGAUUUUGCGUCAUCUCUGGACAGCUGUUUUAGAUCCAUGGGCUUAUUUUUGGACCACCUGAGUUGUGAGUGAACAAAGUUUCAAAGAGGUCAGUCGUUAGAGAAUGUUGGGAUCGUUGGUUUCUAAGCGUGUGGGAGAAUAUCGCGGUCAUGUUUUGCUAAAGGCUUUCUCCUCCCUUGUAUUCUCUUCGUCUGUUUCCUCGGUUGAACAAAAUACUAUUGUCCGUUUUUCUUUUUGAAAUAUAACCUGGGUUAAAAAAAGUCGUCUGAGUCCGUGGUGAACUCCAGGACGUCUCUGUGAGACUGACUUGCAGUAACCCAGUCGGAGCCUCAUUAUUUGGGCCAAGAACAUCUCGUGGCUUGUGGCCUGUUCUUGACGUGGCAGCAAACAGGGAGGGGGGGUGUUCUGGUGUUUUCUGCCCCCCCUCAGUUGUCUCAGCUCCGUUCCCUCAGCUGUUUAAUUCACAGCCUGCAGAGAGGUUGUUAAAUACCUCCCCACCUGAUCACUUCCUCUGUAGUAUUGUGUUGUUACAGGCCGGAUCACGUUGACGCGUUUCUGCCCAUAACGAGGCAAACAGCGCUCUCCUGCUAAUUGUUUGGGAGUUCCUCGUCUGUUUGGGGUUUCCUGGCUGCAGAGUCGGACUGUAUCAGUCCACCCCAGCUGCUGUGGACCUCCAUGAGGCAGGAAAUCCAGUUUCUGGAUUACUUAGUUCAUGUCAGACCAGACCACACCCUCCUGCUCCCACUCCAACAAAUUAACCCCCGAAUACCUCAGUGCUCUGAGUUCAGAUUACAAAAGUUUAAAAUUAAAGACACUAGCUGCGUUUACAUGGGCACAAAUUAUCGGAAUAAAGCCCUGAUUGGAAUAAAAAUGCGUCACGUAAACAUGUUGAUUCAAAGAUUCUGAUCAAUCGGAAAGAAAUUGUGUUCCGAUCAAGAGGGCUGGUUUAUGUCGAUGGUUAUUCCGAAACCCGUCCAUGUGAACACUCAUUCCGAUUGUGACUCUCUAACCUGACUCGAUCAGAUGAUUGACAGCUGGCAUUUUGGGUUGGGGGAGAUAAAAAGUAUCAUUUUGUCCACAGGGGGCGCCAAAUCAGCACAAACCAAAAGCUCCUUACAGCAGCUUUAAUUAGGAAAAGAAUUGUUUCAGCUCAUAUGAGUUUUGGGUCGACUUUUACGUACAUAAUGAAACUAAAACAGUCGUUAAUUUUCCUCGUGUUCUGCCCAGCAUCAGUCCAUUUUUUCUGAAUGAACUCAGUCGUCCUGCUCUCUGCUGUCGGCUCGUCUCUGUCACUCCUCGCCCUCCUCAGCUGAUCGAUGUGAGCUCACGGCACAGAUGUCACUCUGGUGCUGCCUCUAUUUUUAGGACUUUAUUGUAAACACAUUUAGAGAUCAAUAGAUUGACUUCUCUUUCAAUUAGACCCUCCCCUUCAAAAGUGACAGCGCGGUGAAAAGUGGGCCAUGACGACGGACCCAUAAACAGUAACUGUUGUGUCCUCAGUGAGCGGAAGUGAAAGUCUCACUGCCGGGGCGUUCUUUGUCUUAUAUCAGGAUAUUGCUGAGAAUAAAAAUCACUUAAUUCUACAUUUAUAAUGAUGGACUUUAAACGGAGUGAGAGGAUAUCUGUAAGAAGAGUCUAGGUGUUUGAGUUUUUAGCAAAAAUAGGAAAACAACAUCAAGAAUAAAAGUCUAAAAUAAAUGUGCAAAUAAAAAAAGUGCAGUAAAAAGCAACAACAACAAAAAACCUCAUUAACAUCCAACAUGCUGCAGAAUUAAUGAUGCAAAUCCAGUUACUUCAUAGUGCAGAUUUUAGUACUUGCAGAGAUUUCAAAGUCACAUUUCUGAGAAAAACGUAUUAAUUGUUGUGAGAGUGAAGAGUUAAAACUCGGCAAUAAGAAAUAAAACUACAGGUUCGGUUCUUUUAAAGGGCAGCAAAGGGUUGUAAGAAAUUACAGAUAUUGUGGUGACUGCUUUCCUUCGACAAAAAGGGGUUUAGGGGUUUAGGUUCGCUUGCAUCUGUGACUCGUUCGAUUAUUAGUCCGGUUUGAGUAUAAAAAAGGGAAGAAAACAUGAUGAUCAGGGUCCAAAGUAAGUAAUGUGCUGAAAUGAGAUUAAAACAGGAUGAAUGAAAUGAUGAAAAACGGUCAACAGAAAAUUAUCAGAGCUUACCACAACUGAUGUCUGACUACAGCAGUAAGAUUUAAAUAAACCGCCAAACAUCCCAAAACCACAGUGACGAACCCCGGAGGUGACAAACCUUUUAGAAAUAAAACUUUUAACAUUUAUAUUUUGGCUCCUACAGAUAUGAUGCUGGAGUUCAGGCUUUUCAAACCUUGUAAAUAAGUGACUUUACAUUUUAUUGGUUGUUUUUAAUUGUUGAAAUGCCCCUUUAAGGAUGGGUCCUCUGUUCAAUCCAAACUACAUGAUUUGGAUCUCCUGAGCGUAAACGUCAGAGCUGUUUUGACGAGUUUCUUCCUCACGGCGGUGGCUCUCAUCCCGUCGUCCUCGUAGCUCUGUAAUAGGUUCAGUGUGUCCCUGUGUUUGUGUGACACUCUGAUGUGAGAUCACUGCUGCGCUGUCGUUAUCAGAACCUCUCCAGAGAUCUUUCUGUUCCUUUAUUAAUAGCAGCGAGUCGAUCGGCGAGCCAAACACAUAAACUUCAUGUCUAACAAAUCGCUCCGUGCUCCGCCUGUAAUCAUGAGCAGCUUCAGGAUUUUGGAGACUUAUCGUCUCAGAAGAACAAAAGUUUAUCCAUUUAUUUUGCCAACUUUAAGGUGAUUAUGACACAUUUAUAUGCACCGUUUUUUAACAGAGGAGGCUUCCUGCACACGUGGAGAAAGCUCCAGGCUCAUUGUUGUAGAUCUCUUGCCAAGCACGUAGACUCAGUCGCCUUUAUUCAGCGAUGGGAAGUGAGGGGUGUUUCUGGUAGGAAGCAGCUCUACCAGUGCUGGGUCACAGAGGGGAGGCCUGCUCUGCUGCCUGUGAUGAAAAUAAACGUCUGAAAGAAAGAAAAAAAGUAAUUCCAUUGUGUGGAGGGGGAAUCUCAGGUUUCCAGGCUGCUUUUCCAGCGUCCAGCGAGUCAGAGGGAAUUCCUUCCCCCGGCCGGUUGGCUGGCUUUCCUGGGGCUGGCUCCAGGGGUGUUCCCCUUUUCUUCUGAGCCUCUCUCAUCUGUGUGAGAGCUGAAAGAAAAAGGCCUGAUCCUGAAACCUGAAGGCUGAUUUUUAGAAAUAAGGAGGUUAUUAGAAAGGGAUGAAGAGGAAUAAGAGACUUUUUCUUCUUCUCCCUCUUAUCAGGUCAUUUCUAUCUUUCUAUUCUCGGUCAGAAUACUCAGAAGCAUUUGGAUCACCUCCUCCCUCCCACGUCAGCAAAGAACACAGCUGAUAAAAACAGAUAAACAAGUGCACCUGGAUCCUGCAGAGACAGCAGGAGGUUGCAUCAUCUCUCCUGAUGAAUAAAAAAAAGAGGGUCUGGGGAUCAGAGAUAUAGCCGAGUGUGAUUCUAUUAGGAUGACUCAGAGGAAACAACAGCUCCUAUAGAGCUCGGAGAAUUGCUUUCACUCUGGCUGAAAAUGGCACCUUAAAGCUGACUGCUACGGCCAAAGUUAAUGACAAAAAGCGAUGCAGGAAAACGUUUGCAAUUUCCAAAUUUAAAGUAAACCGUCUGUUUCUCUUUUUCUCCUGCAGUCAACGAGAUCAUCAGGAACGACCUCUCCAGCAUCUCCGUCCACAGCCAUGCGUAG